AUGGUGACACAUGGUCAGAAGGGAUCGGUAGCUGAGCCUCACGCUACGAUCCAGGAAAGAUGCCAAUGUGUGUAUAAUGUGGGGAAACUAGUCCAAUGUUUGCAGGUGAGUUUUUUGAUUACUAUAUAGCCUUCAGGUUCAGGUUAAGGUUCAGGUUAAGAUUCAAGAUAAAAAAAUUGUUUUUUUUUUACAGAGAAAUGCUGUGAAUGUCAAUUUAAGAAAACUCUGGGCACAAUUUAAUCACAAUGAACUUGUUAUGGUGCGAGUAGGUUUCUGGUCCCGAUCUAUCUUCAGGGGGUUAAACUGUUUAUGAAUGGUUUAACCCCAAAGUCUACAACCCAGCACCCCUCAACUCUGCUCCUUCAAUUUCAUUUCAGUUCCUGAUGGAAGCCUUGAACUUAAACAGAAGUCAGUGCCAGAUUGAACACUUUUGGGGUUAAACAGUUAUUUAAUGAUUUAAUUUCUGAAUGUAAACUGGCACUCAGUAUCUCCUUGCACCAUAACAAUUUCAUUUUUCUAAAGUUGUUAUGGUGCCUGGAACACUUAAAAGGAACACUUCAAGCACCAUGAGCAGUAAAUCCUACUAUGGUGGGUAUGGCACCGUACCGGAGUAAUUUACCAAACUGUUUAAGAAUGGUUUGACAACUUACCUGGAUCCCCAUUGGGUGCCUGCUGCUGUACUGCUUACGGAUUAUCCUGCAAAAGAAUCCCAUUAGUUCCAAUGAGCAAAGAAGGGUCAUUCUCAUUGACUGAGAGCUUCAGCUGUAUCCGUCCCUAUCUCAGGUGAGACAUGCAGCAGUGUUGUCCAGGGGACCCACAUACAUUUUUAAAUUGUCUUAAACUGUUUGACAAACUGCUUUGGGGUGCCAGGGAACUCCUGGAACCAAAGACACUGUGGUAGCUAUAGAGGAAAACUAUUGAGGUGGAGAUGUUAUACAAAGUUGGAAGACUUGACGUAUUGAUGUGCAGUUACACAUUUUUCAUAUAUUUGUGGUUGAAUCCCUGUUGUGUUUUUAAGGAUUUUCUUCUCAGGGUUACACAUUAUCAAACUCCAACUCAUCACCAGUUAUAGAUAUUCACGAUACACUUUUGUUUUUGCAGAUUGUUCUUCAAGCCUUACGUGGUGUUAGCUAUGUAGGAGAUGUGACUGUGGAUGACAUUUCCUUUGAAAACUGUGCGCCAAUGCUGAUUCCAAACAAGGAUUGUACACCUGAUGAAUUUAUGUGUUCAAAUAAAUACUGUAUUCCUAAGAAUAACUUGUGCGACUUUGUAAAUGACUGCGCAGAUAACUCAGAUGAGAAUCCUUAUAUUUGUGGUAAGUUCACCUGGUAAGAGAAAGAUAUAUAUGUACACAUGUUUCCGUCCGUCUGUCUGUUUGUCUUUCAUAUUCCUAUCUUUAUGUUUAUAUUAAUCACAAAGUAACGACUGAUGAAAAUUUUAUUUUAGCAUACCUAAAACAAGGAGUUAUUCACUAAGGUAGAAGUAGCCAAGUUGUGACCAUGGAUAAUUUGGAGGAUUUUCCUAGGUCAGCUAUGUAUAACCCAGUUUUUCCAUUCGUAUUUAAAGGGACAUUUCGUUGCCCAAAUACAAAAUAAAUCCAAAUCAGUGUUCAGUCGAUAAGCCACAAAUGACAGUAUGUGUGUUUUCUGAUUAUAAUUUUUUUACAUUGGGGUAAUAUCUAAAAACAUCUUGCAAAACCUGUUAUUAUCUCGUCUGCAGUCUUUGCAAGCCCUCCCCUUCUAACACUGCCCAGACUUUCUGUGGCUGUCCAAUCACAGGCUUUCCAAUGAAGCUCAAUGAUAAGUCUUAGCAAGGCGGGGCUCUGAGCAAUUGCUGCCUUGUGAGUUUAGCUCCACUAAGCUUACCAAACCAGGAAGUAACAGGUCUGGUUGUCUGAUUGACAGUCAGGGAAGUGUAGCAAGGUUAAUUUAGAAAAGUGUCAAUUUCUAUUGAAUUUUGUACUUUUUGCUAAAUGAAAAAAAGAGGACACACUUUUCACAUGUAAAGCUUUUCAGCAAGCUAAAAUGCUUUUGGGGCCCCUUAAAUGUGGAAAAAUUACAUGAUUUUGCUAUUACAUGACGAAAAGUCAUGAUUUUAUUAAAGACACGGAGGCGAGUAUUGCAUAUCCCUUUCUUUACUGUCCACCAAUACCAGCAAAGAAUACAAACAGAAUGAAAAAAUAAUGAACAUGCAGUAACAUAGGCCCCUCCCCGGUCAGGUCCCAGUAUAAAAGGCAGCACUUCCCUUCCAUUUCCCUCUUUCUGAAGAUGCGACCAAGGUAAAAUGUCCAGAACGAGAGUAGUGUGAGAACAAAGUCCCAAGACAAUAACUUAAAACUGAAGAGGGUAGAACAUCAAUAACUGGGAAGCUUGACCAUAGGAGUCAUAGGACCAUCGGAUAACAGCGGGAGGAGUCCUUCUAAAUCGAACAACUGCUUGCCGUCUUGCCGGAUUAAGCUGUGAAAACAUAAAGGAACAGGAGCCGACAGGUUAAAGUCGAUACUUAUAACUAGUUUCAAGGUUACACGGGUGAGAAAAUAACCCACAUAUGCACAGUCCCACAAAACUACUGAUAUACCCAACAUUACAGAAACAUCAUUGUCUAAGUAUGGCCCCACUUACCGUACUGAACCAUACUAUAUGGUGUAUUGUAGUAUGAGUAAUUCUGGGAGGGAAAAUUAUUAUUAUUACAACUGUGUAAGAACGAAAAAGGGUGGGACAAUCCUCGCCUCUGUGUCUUUAAUAAAAUCAUGACUUUUCGUCAUGUAAUAGCAAAAUCAUGUAAUUUUAUAACAAGACACGGAGGCUCAUAUUGCAAGUUUAAAGUUGAUCCAUUACCGCAGCGAAUGUAUGUGGGGCCGGCCGAAAGUAAAAUUCUUGCAAUGUAGACUCCCUAGACCAGUCAGCCGUCCUCAUAAUGUCCUCCAGGCGUGCGCCUGCCGACAUCAUAGAAGAGGCUGAUGCCCCCCGGACCGAAUGGGCGCCAAAUAUCGUGGUAUCAAUACCUGCUUGGGACAACAGCCAUUUCACCCAUCAUGACAAGGCAGUGCUAGAAACCGGGUGAAAAGGAGGACGGAAAGAUAAAAACGGUAGAGCAAUGUGGGUUGGUGCGAGUCUCGUAUUCGCGAAGGCAGGCCACUGGGCAUAGUGAAGGAGAGGUAGAGAAACUAGGGUAGGAUACUGAUUUGAUGGAAGUCUUAGUCCGCUUGCUGAUGUUGAAAGUUACCCCGUCCGGGGUAUAUGACUUGGCAUCGAAGUCCAGUGCUCUGACAUCCGAAACCCUCUUGCAUGAGACGAGGCAGAGCAGGCAAACCAGCAGAUAGCUGUUUGAGGGAGAGCCCUGAGUUAGCGGGCCAGGAUGAGAGGAAAGCCAAUACGACUGAGAUGUCCCAGGUCGUGGAGUAGCGGGGCCUGGGUGGUCGUGAAAAUCGAGAACCCUUGAGGAGUCGGCACACUAAGGGGUGCUGUCCCGCGGGGCAGCCAUCGAAGCCUUGGUGAAUUGCCGAGAUAGCAGAUCGGUAAAGGCUGAUAGUCCUGUAAGCCUUUCCAGCCUCGAAGAGGGAUGUCAGGAACUGCAGGACCAUUGUUACAGAGGCUGAAAAGGGAUCCGCGUUCCUAGCCAUGCACCAGCCAGCCCAAGCUCGCCAAGCUGACCCAUAUGCCCGUCUAGUGCCGGGAGCCCAUGCUGCUGCCAAUAGGCGUCUAGUCAUGUCCGAAACUCCUUGGAUUUCCCAGGGUCCCUGGAGAUCCGCCAUGCCAGGAAUGGGAGAGAGCCUUCUAACCGGAGGGGGUGAUAUCAUCCCGUCGGGUCCUGCAGCAAGUUGUGGUGUCCCGGUAGUAGUCGGGGAUAGUCUAACAUCAUCUCGAGCAAUUGGGGGAACCACGACUGCGUUUCCCAAAAUGCGGUGACCAUGACCACUUCUGCCCGGUGUUUGCGGGUCUGUAGGAGUGAGCGCGGGAUCAUGGAAAAUGGGGGAAAAGCAUAUAGGAGGCCUCCGUUCCAGUCUUGUAGGAAGGUGUCCACUGCCUCCGCUAUUGGAUCUGGCCUCCAGCUGAAGAAGUGUGGGAGUUGGGCGUUGAGCCGGGAAGCGAAAAGGUCUAUGGUAAACGGUCCCCAGAGAGACGAUAUAUUGGAGAACACCUCCUUGGCCAAUCUCCAGUCGCUGGUGUCUGAGAGAUAACGUGAACCCCAGUCCGCCUGGACAUUGUGCAGACCUGGUAGGUAUUCCGUUUAGACCAUCAGGUUCCGUUCCAGGCAAAAUUCCCAAAAGUCUUUUGCCAAUCUGGCCAGGACUGCCAGGUGGUUGAUAUAUCUCACCGCCGAAACAUUGUCCAUGCGGAGCCGAAUACAUGAUAGGGCUCGGUCCCUGGCGAAGCUGCGAAUGGCGAAGGAGCCCACAGGAGUUCCAGGGUGUUGAUGUGCAAUCGGGAUUCGGAUUCCGACCAACGGCCCCCUGUUGAGACUCCCUCACAGUGGGCUCCCCAGCCGUGGAGACUCGCAUCUGAGUCGAUCGUGAAUUCUGGCAUUGAGCCGAAGAUGGCUUUGCCAUUCCAUGCGGACAGGUUGAGAAUCCACCAUCGCAACUUGUCUUUCGUCUCGCUGUCAAAUGAUACCAGAUCCGCGUAGGAUGCCCCGGAUCUUAGGUGAACGAUCUUUAGGCGCUGUAGCGCUCAGUAGUGGAGUGGACCUGGGAACACGGCCUAUGAGUCGUGCAAGUUGGCGUAAGGUGAGCUGGGGCCGGAUGAGGGCCCUGCGUAACUCUUUGCGGAUGGAUCGAAUUUUGGAUAUCGGGAGGCUCAGCGUUGCUUCCCCCAAAUCCACCAGGAAUCCUAAGAAUUCCAUGCGGGGGUCAGGCAUGACUUUUCCCAGUUGAUUAUGAAACCUAAGCGUGAAAAGGAGGUUUAUGGCCAGCCGUAGAUGUGUGAGGAGGGUGGAAUGCUCCUGAGCCAUGAGGAGAAUAUCGUCUAGGUAGACGAUUAGUUGAACUCCUCGACUGCGCAGCCAGGCAAUCACAGGCCGUAAUAGCUUCGUGAAGCACCACAGUGCUGAGGAGAGGCCAAAGGGUAGGCAAGUGAACUGCCAUGUCUCGUGCCGCCAGUAAAAGCGUAGGAGGUCUCGAGAUGCCGCCGCUAUCGGCACUGUCAGGUAUGCGUCUUUUAGGUCUAGCUUCGCUAGCCAAUCUCUGUGGAGGAGGAGAUCUCUUAGUAGGUGAAUACCUUCCAUCUUAAAAUGGCGGUACCUGACUAUGGCAUUGAGGGGGCGCAAAUUUAUGACGGGUCUCAAUUGGCCGCCCUUCUUUUCCACCAGGACGAUAUUGCUUAUGGCACCUGCGGGGUUGAGGGGUGCUUGUUCUAUAGCCCCUUUGAUAAGGAGGGUUGAGAGUUCCUCGUCGAUCCGUCUGCGAUCCUGGAGGGAAAAGCAGAUCGGUCGAGGAGGGGGAAUGUGUAUGAGAUGAUUGGUGAGUUCUAUACUGAAACCCCGAAUAGUGGUCAGUACCCAGGGGUCUGAAGUGAUUUGUGACCAGGCUGGGAAAAAAUGUUGGAGUAUGCCCCCUACGUAACCCGGAGAAGAAAUGUGUGGUAUGAGGUAACUCACCGAAUGGUCGUCUUGAGCUUGGGUUACCCCGAAAGCCUCUGGAUCGCCAUGGACGUCCGCGGGAUGGAAAAAAUGUGGGGCGGGAGGUGGAAUCCUGGUGCUGGUUACGGUGCUGGAAGGAGCCUCUUCCCGUGCCACGGGAUUGGUGGUAACUGCGGACGGACAGACGGCUCCUGAAUCUGCCGGCCCUGGUAGAGGCCCGCCCCUGGAAUACUCGCCUCAUGGAGGCUUGGGCCUUGUCUAGAGCCGUGAAUGCUCCAAUGAAGCGCCCUAAAUCUUUUAUAAAGGAAUCUCCGAAGAGAAGUCCUUGGGCGUCUUUACCUGCUUCCAUAAGGGCGAGGUUGGCUAGUUUGGGCUCAAUUUUGAAUAAUAUGGCCUUACGCCUUUCUAUAGAUAGGGAGGUAUUUACACUCCCAGCAAUGCAUAUUGCUCUCUGGACCCAACCUCUAAGGUCUUGGGGGUCACCCAUGCGGUUCUCCCCUCUGGCGUCUUCCGCCAAGUCAAAUAAUUUGGCCAAGGGGCCAAAUAUGUCCAGGUGUUUGUCCUGGCAGGAUUUCAAUGCCGACUCCAUUCCUUUAUGGGGAUUCCAGCCCAUUUUAGUGAGGAACUGGGUCAUCUUGGGGUCUACCUCCGGAGUGUCACAAACUUUGUUAGGCACCACAGGCCUAGGACACUCUGCCCUCAAUUUGUUGCGGACCGCUUUACUUAAGGGUCUUCUGACCCAAUUUUCCAGGUAUGUGGCAACGUGGUCAGCCGGGAGCCACUCUGCCGACCUCGGAUGGUGUAGAUCAUCCGGGUCGAAGAGUGGGACACCCGAAGGAUCCACAAGGGUGGACCCCGCAGCCCCAGGGUUCCUGAUCCCUAUCUCGCCUCCGGGCAUCUCUGCCUGAGCAGAGGAAAGGAGGUCAUGACCAGCAUCAGCGGCAUCCGCAUCAGAGUCAGUAUCCGACUCGCUCUUAGCCUACUCAUUUGACCCGAUUUCUGAGUCAGUGUCGGUCUCUAUCUGUGCUCUGGCACAUUUCCAUAGCCGCGCCCGUUCUGCCUGGCGUGGAAAGGCUCUUUUGCAUGGAUGGGACACGCUUUCUGGAGCGACCGAAGGUAUGCCAGUCAUGGUGUUUCUGGAGGCAGAGGGGUGCUUGGACUUACAGGUAGCCUUUUUAAACACCUCUUUAAACACCUCUCCUUGGGGUUUCACAGAGGGACGCGGUAAAGGCGUCGAGAGGCCCGAAAGUUGCUUGUCUGAAGGACGUGGCAAGAGGGCCUUUGAAAUGGUGUGGGAGAGGGUGGAGGACAUAGACCCCAUGGCCGCCAUAAUGGCAUCUGUCACUGAGCAAUGCAGCGCUAGGAACUGUGCCCCAUCAUGGUGGGUAGUUCCAUCAGCCAUAGUAGGCGAGUUGUCUGAGGUGACAGGAGCCUCACUCCUAAUGAGUGGGGUAUCAGACUCCCCAGAGGGAGUGGACCCAGCGGAUAGUCUGGGUUUAGACAUGCUGAGAAAAUUAGCAGGGAAUAAUAGGUAAGAGAAAAGGUAUGGGUUAGUCACCCAAACAGCUAGACAAAGCUAAAAACGCUCUCACCAGGGCCCAGACCAGUGACACACUAAGAUGUAGGAGACAGGAAGUCUGAAAAUGGCCGCCGGUAAUCUCGCGGGAUUCGCGGCACCCGCGAGAUUCACGGCAAAACUACCGAACGUUCGGUAAAAUAAGGUGAAUUCAGGAACCAGAUAGGUAAGUAUAUGGGAAUAUAGAGUAGGCGAACGUACCGUUCGCAUAAAAAAUUUGAAUGCGGAAAACAUGCGAACGCUCUGUUGCCGAAUGGGGAAUGAGAUGUGUGUGGCGAAUCAGCCGAAUAGGCUCAAUUCGCACGCAUACACGGCCGGGGAGAGAACGUGCGCAAAAUGGCACCAGGACAGAAAGACAGACAGGAGACAAGACUACAUUGACAGGGGAGGUCUGGGCCCUGAGACUAACAGAAAACAGAUAAAGACAUAGAGGUACAAUGAGACAAAUACUAAAUAAUUGUAAUACAAAAUGAAAAUGAAAUAAAUAUAAAUAAAAUGAAUAAAUAAAUACAUAAAUACAAUAAAUACAAAUAAAUGUAAGAUAAAUAUGGUAGGAAAACUAUAGAACGCUACCAGGUUUAAGUGGUAAGCAGACUGACAGAAAAUAUCAAUGAGAAAAAAACAGUAUAAUAAGAAAAUAUGAAGAGAAAAAAUGACAUGUACUUAUCUUUGUGUCGGAGCAGCAAAGAAAGAGGGAAAUGGAAGGGAAGUGCUGCCUUUUAUACUGGGACCUGAGCGGGGAGGGGCCUAUGUUACUGCAUGUUCAUUAUUUUUUCAUUCUGUUUGUAUUCUUUGCUGCUAUUGGUGGACAGUAAAAAAAGGGAUAUGCAAUAUGAGCCUCCGUGUCUUGUUAUAAAAUUCAGAAUUUAGUGAAUAAGCCUGUUAAUAAAUACUAUAUAAAAUAAGUAACAAAUACACAUAAAAUAAGUAUCUGAAGUAAAUAACUAUAACGUGCUAUCAUCUAAAUAAAUGUAAAAUAUAACUGCCUUUUUUCUCAGUUAUGUCACAUUUGUUGUGUAAUAUGUUAUGUUUCAGGAUCAUUUUUAUCACACUGUAACUUUGAAUACGAUAUGUGUGACUGGAAACAAGAUGAAAACGAUGACUUUGAUUGGAAUCUUCGAGCCGGGAGUACGCCAAGCUUUGGUACUGGGCCAGCUACUGAUCAUACCAUGCAGAACCCUUUUGGCUAUUAUGUUUUCAUAGAGAGCACUUACCCACAUUUGCCAGGAGAAAUAGCAAAGCUCUCAGGACCAAUGAUAAGCAGAUGGAGCAAAGACUGUAAAGUAAGUAUGUUAAACAGUCAAAGCAUAAUUAAAGGAGCAUGCAUCCUUUUGAGACAACUGUUUCAUUCAAAGUCUUUUCAAACUAAAGCAGGUAAAUAUGAUUUUUUUUCAUAUUUACCUGCUUCUUCUCCCAUGUGUUUUCCUACCUGAAGGAGAACAUUGAUCCAAACAAUUGAUGUCCUAUCCCUGGGUAGGCAGAAACAUUGCAUUGUGCAUGGUCGACUCGCCCACCCAUGCACAAAUGAAAGAUCGUCAGUGUCAAUAAGUGACAUUGUGAUAUCCUAAGAUUAGUGUUGGCUGUGUAUUUGCAUAAUGCACGUUCAUGGUUGGCGUUCCCUUAGACGAAAACCUUUACCUUGAUGAUGAGCGUCUCCCCUAGACAACAAGCGUUUACUUGUUAACAAAGUGCUCGUUUGUCUCACUGAGCUUCUAUCACAAAUUUACAGCUAGCCAAGCUCUGCAAAACACGUUCAUGCUUACAUUCUGCUAGUCUUCUAAGUUAGGUCAAGUCCAAAUAUUGUACCAUGAAACUCUCUUCAGUGAAGCAGUGAAUGACAGUGAUUGUCUAGUUUUAGAAAUUUAUUUAUUGCUAUCCAAACAGAAAGGAUAAUGGUCAGCAUUUUUUUUGCAUGACUAAUUAAAUGAUGAUGAUCUAAAGCGUAAUUAGUGAAGCCCAGAAAGCAGCCAUGCAGAAAGGUUACAUUGUGCAGAUAUUAAACGGCAUGUUACUAACCACAAACAAACCAUCACAGUUAAUAUAGUGGGGCGUUCUAUACAAAACUAGAUCUCACAAGAAAUGUAUAAUCUGUUCUUUACUUUCCCUGUUCCAUUAUAGAAUAACCCACUUAAUUAAUAACUGAAGAGCUGUAUAGAGCUGCCGGUACUAAGUACUAAAACUCUCCCAUGCUCAGCACCCAUUAUCACCCUGUCAUUCACACCCACACUCACCCCUUACACUGUCAAUUUAUCACUUUUACUCUCCCAGCCCUCACACUUUGACUGCCGCAGUCACCAUGUCACACUCACUCUGUCACAGUAAGCCUCAUACACAGUCAACCCCCGACAUACAGUAAACCUUAUAUACACAUAGUCAACCCUCACACACAACACAACCUUGACAUAAGAAUAACUCACACAUCAAGACCAAAAGCAUCCCGUCAAACACACAACACAUUGCAAGAGUUCCUCCAGAUAAACAUCCCCACACUUUCCUCACACACAGUCAACCUGUCACACUUAACCUCCCACACUCACUCCCAUACUCACACUGUCACAGUCACCGUCAUACACAGGCCCUAUCUGUAUCUGCCUAUUUCUCUCAAAUAUUGUUCACAAAUCUGUCUAAAUCUGUGUUAGUGAGCACUUCUCCUUUGCCAAGAUUAUCCAUCCACCUCACAAGUGUGGCAUAUCAAGAUGCCGCUUAGACAGCAAGAUUAUUGCAAAGGUGUGCUUUAGGCUGGCAACAAUAAAAGGCCAUUCUAAAAUGUGAAGUUUUACUCUAUAGGGGAGGUCCGGGGGGGUCCAAAAGCCAGUCAGUAUCUGGUGUGACCACUAUUUGCCUCACGCAGUGCAACACAUCUCCUUCGCAUAAAGUUGAUCAGGUUGUUGAUUGUGGCCUGCGGAAUGUUGGUCCACUCCUCUUCAAUGGCUGUGCAAAGUUGCUGGAUAUUGGCAGGACCUGGAACACACUGUGGUAUACGCCGAUCCAGAGAAUCGCAAACAUGCUUAAUGGGUGACAUGUCCGGUUAGUAUUCUGGCAAUGCAAGAACUGGGAUGUUUUCAGCUUCCAGGAAUUGUGUACAGAUUCUUGCAACAUGGGGCCAUGCAUUAUCAUGCUGCAACAGGAGGUGAUGGUCAUGGAUAAAUGACACAACAAUUGGCCUCAGGAUCUCGUCACAGUAUCUCAUGCAGAUGAGCUUCCCUGAGAUGGUUUCUGACAGUUUGUGCAGAAAUUCUUUGGUUAUGAAAACCUAUUGUUGCAGCAGCUGUCCGGGUGGCUGGUCUCAGACAAUCUUGGAGGUGAAGAUGCUGGUGCUGGUGUGGUAACACAUAGUCUGCGGUUGUGAGGCCAGUUGGAUGUACUGCCAAAUUCUCUGAAACACCUUUGGAGACAGCUUAUGGUAGAGAAAUGAACAUUCAUUCACGGAGAACAGCUCUGGUGGACAUUCCUGCAGUCAGCAUGCCAAUUGCACGCUCCCUCAAAACUUGCGACAUCUGUGUCAUUGUGCUGUGAUAAAACUGCACAUUUUAGAGUGGCCUUUUAUUGAGGCCAGCCUAAGGCCAACCUGUGCAAAUCAUGCUGUCUAAUCAGCAUCUUGAUAUGUCAUACCUAUGAGGUGGAUGGAUUAUCUUGGCAAAGGAGAAGUGCUCACUAACACAGAUUUAGACAGAUUUGUGAACAAUAUUUGAGAGAAAUAAGCCUAUUGUGUACAUAGAAAAAGUUUUAGAUCUUUGAGUUCAGCUCAUGAAAAAUGGGGGAAAAAUCUAAAGUGUUGCGUUUAUAAUAUUGUUCAGUGUAUUUCAUGAGAGGCUAUAGUUGUAUGAAAUAUAAACACUGACUUGCACUUGAUCUCAGUGAAUAUACCUCCAAUUAUUUCCUGUACAUUAAUCAAAGGUAUGUUAUAAAGACUAAUAAUAAACUAACAGGAUACGAAGUGUGAAAAAAGGAAUAUCGGUAUUCUUCUAAAUUAUCCCACAAAUCAGGAUAAUUAACUUUCUCAUUUGUCUUUUGUCAUUGACAUACAUUAAAUAGGCUAAUAGUUUAUCUAAUUGCUCUUGGCUUUGAUAUGCAUGUUAAUUCAAAUUAAUAUUUUUCCAUUUUUCCAUUACUCUAUCCAGCUAAUAUUUUAUUUCCAUAUGUAUGGCGGAGGUAUUGGAUCGCUAACUGUAAGGCAGGUGACAAUUAGUAACCAACAACAGACACUUCUAAACUUAACAGGAGAACAGGGAAACUACUGGCAAAGGAAAGAACUGACUCUCCAAGAUCUCGGGGAAGAUUUCUAUGUCACCUUUGAAGCAAGAAUUGGAAAAAAUCAAAGAGGAGAUAUUGCCCUGGAUGACAUUGUCUUUUCUAAUGAAUGUUUACCUUCAUCUAAUCUGGCACUUGAAUCUCACAAGAAGCCACAUUUACAAGGUACAUUUGUCAUGGGAUGAUGGUACAAUGGGCACACACACAGUCAAUCUUUUUCAUUGUGAAAAUGUUCGUUAACAAUGAUUUAGCAUUUGACACAUCAGCAUAUAUGACAUAGGGAUAAUGACUGAGGUUUAUCUAAGUGUUCUGAAAUACAUAAUUGGGGGGGGGUUCAUGAAUUAUCCAGUUUGCGCAAAGUGUUUUAAAGGUUGUCUAAAAAGUAAAGUAUCACCUUUCUAUGUUGUGUAUUUCAACAGAUUUUUGCACAUUCACAAUUUUGUGUCACUGACUGCAAAUACCGGUAGUAUUUUCCCUAGCUGCCAAAAGUGGUUGGAGAAUGCCAGAAAAUAGAAUACUUUUCUGUGGCAAUGAAGUGCAGAAAUAUUACUAAAAUGAAAGCACUAUGCAAAAGUAGAUAAAAUGACUAAAUUAAAUAAAAGUAAUUAAAGAUAAAUCACAAAAGUUAUAAAUAUUUGAAAGGACUUUCGUAAUUGAUCACUCACACAAAGAAAAUAGAAAAGAGUCAGGUUAGUUACCAACACUGGAUUAUGUCAGGAUGGACCAAUUUUGAGGACAAUAGCCAAACCGGUUUGAAAAUCAGAGCUUGUUGUAUCCAAGUCCUAUACAAUGUUUAGGUUUUUGGAAUAUGUUAAAAUAUGCAUAAAGCAUUGAUUUUACAAUUAAUGGAGACCAAAUGCUUACAGCAAGAUGCAAGUUCGCAAGUUAUUGUUCACUUUGUUUCGUAUAGCAUUUCUUCACAGUUAUUAUAUUUUUUGAAGUUCCCCUCACUUUUAUUAUUAUUAGAAUUAGGGUGGUAAGUAUGCUUAUUUUUGUAAUUUGGAUGUGGUGGCUAGGGGCUUAGAAAGCACUAGUCACGGAGUGGGGCAAUUGUCCAUAACUUGGGGGGUGGACAAUGACAUGUCCAUCACACCGUAUCACAUUUAAUACUCCGCCCUAAGUCCCUGAUUGGGGGGUGUACAACAGCAUAUUCACCCCCAUUAAUUAUUAAACAGCCUCUUAAGGUGGCGGCUUGGGGGGGCAUUAGUUAUUCACAUUAUUAAAUAGUCCCCACCCAUUCCCUAUGGGUAAGGGCUGGAGGACAUGAUGUUGAUGUGGUUUAAUAAGUAGCCUUCACCUAGUUUGAUGCUCAAUUUUUUAUAUAUAAGCUCUCAUUAACCUGUUAGGGGUGUCAAUUCCAAUACCUAUGAUUUCAUUUAAAGACCGCACCCAAUGCUCACAGGGUAGGACCAUUAUUUUAGUUAGCCACCACUUGAUCAACCCUUGCGGAGCUGAGGGUUUUCUAACUACUUGUUUGCUGACUGCUAGCAUUGCCAGUGGUGUAAUAAUUAAGAUUUUUUAAAUGUUUACAAUUAAGUUUUGGAUAUCAGCAGUUGGACCCAACUGAGGCUCAUUCAAAGCCUUGUUUGCAAAAUCCGGACAUUGUUAAAUAGUGUGAACAACGUUUAAAUUUUGUAUUCUGAAUGACCAUAUGGCACUGAAUGUUUUUUCCCCAUUUGGUACAUGGCCAUUCAGACUUGAGUAAAUUACCCUGUGAGUUAAAUCUCCCCCCAAUUUAUUUAGUUCUCCACCAAACAGUAUACAAUGAUUUAUAAAGAAUACACGCUUUGCGACCUCAUAUGAUUCAUAUAAAGGAAUGAAGGUUUUCUUUAUUUCCUCCUACAGGUUUUUGCCCAUUGGGCUUUUUACAUUGCCGUACUAAAAAAUGUUAUACACAAGAACAACAAUGUGAUUUUUCGGAUGACUGUGGAGAUGCUACAGAUGAAAAUGAUUGUGGCACUUCCUGCACAUUUGAAGAUGGAAUGUGUGGAUGGCAAAACUCCCCAGCUGACAGCUUUAAUUGGAUUUUAGGGAACUCUACUCAAGCUUUUAGACCUCCUAAGGACCACACUAUAGGAAGUGAAGAAGGUAUAUUUCUUACUUUUAUUAUACUUUGCAGCUAUAUAACGCACUUGUUACAUAGUAACAGAACCAUGGUACUGUAUGCCAGUAACUACUUUUCAGCAGGUGUGUAAAAUGCUGCAAUGUAUGAAUACUUUUAAAAACAGAAACAUUAAUACUUUCCUUUUACCAGUUAACAAAAUGCAAAAUUAAUGACCAAAGAAAAUGUAAAUCAAGUCAAUAUUUCGUGUAACCAGACUUUGUUCAUGAUUAAACAAUUUUCAAAUUCGACAGACGGAAUCUGGUCACUGAACAGUAAAUUGUGGUAUAAAUUAAAAGCUGUAUUGAACAAUUUAUGACCACAUGACCAAAUCACAAAUACCUAGCAACUAUACUCCAUUUCAGCCUCUACUAUUAUUGCCUAACAUUUGCGAAUUGGAUUUAGAUUCUCUACCACUGACGGAUUAGUAAAUACCGCCAUUUAUUUGCUUGUACACCUCUGCUCAUUUCAUGUCUGCACUUUUAAUACCGUUGUUUGCUAUAUCUAGAUAUGAAAGUUUCUGUUCACUAAAUGGAAAAUUAUGGUACAUUGAAACCCAUCUUGCAAAAUGUUACUUAAUUAACUAAGCUGAAAAAAACCCCAAAAAAAACAUUGGCUGAAGCUUUUUUUUCAGAUCUCUGUUAUUUUAUGCAAAUGUUUUCAAGACAGUUUUCAAUUUCCCUGCUUGUUAUUUAAUGAACAUAACCUACUUGCUGGAAAAAUAAUCAUUAAUUAUGGUGUGCAUUUAUUAAACAGUGAGUGGAAAUAUUCAAGAUGGUAAAUUCUCUAGUUCGAGGUGGAUGAUAUUUCCCAACUUUGUUUCUUCUUCCUAACUUUUGCCAGCUGUUUGACCACUCGUCUUAACCUAUUCAGUAAACUGUCUCCACUGAUAUAUAUUUUACACCUAGGGUAAAUAGCCAUUGUUCUCCUGUAAUUUUCAGAAAAUAACUGAAGCCUGCGGUAUUUAAAUUCCAAUAAUAAUAAAAUACAAUCACUCUGGUCCGUCUACUUUAAAAAAUAAUUAUUCAGAGACAAACACUCAGCAACAUAUAAAUAAAUGUCACACAGACUAACUAGCGCAACAAACCCACUAACUACAACUAAGCACAUAACACACAGAAACAUACAAGUAAAUGGCACAUAAACCAACUUAACCCCUUAAGGACGGAGGGCGUACUAUUACGCCCUGCAGGAGCCGGCUCUAAACGCCGGCGGGCGUAAUAGUACGCCCUUACUUUAAUGGCCGCCCACGUGGCCGGCGCUAGUCGCCCGCUGCAGAUCGCGGUCGGGGGGGAUGCCCGGCCCCCCAGGCAACCCCCCCUGUGGCCGGUGACCGCGAUCUGCAGUCACUGAUCGCAGUGACAGGCUGUCACUGCGAUCAGUUUUUAACGUGUGUCAGCCGAUUUCAAAUCGGCUGACACACGUGGCCAGCGGCUACCCCGUGCAGAUCGCGGUCGGGGGACUUACCUGGCCCCCCAGGCAGUCCCCCUGGGGUCAGUGACCGCGAUCUGCUAAUUCUGAGAUCGCAGUGACAAGCUGUCACUGCAAUCUCAGAGCGCUCUGAUCGCAGUGACAGCCUGUCACUGCGAUCAGUGUUACAUGUGUCAGCCUAUUGGCUGACACAUGUAACUGGCAUAAAGAUCCCCCUGCAGAUUGGAAGGGGGGAGUGCUUGGCCAAUUACCCAAUCUGCAGGAGGUGAUCACAGUGACAGGCAGUCACUGUGAUCACUGAUCCUGUGUGUCAGCCAGUGAUGUAAAAUCACUGGCUGACACUGUCUCUGCCCCCUCUCCUGUAAAAAAAAAAAAAUAUUAGUUAAAAAAAAUAAAAUUACAGUUACAAAUAAAAUAUACUUAGAUCAUAUAUAUUAUAUAUAUGAUCUAAGUAUAUAUAUAUAUAUAUACACACACACACACACAUUUACACAUACACGAAGUGUAUUUAAAUAUUAAUAUAUAUAAUUAUUUAUAUAUAUAUUACUAUUGAAUUACACGUAGACUGAUACUAAUUAAAUAUAUAUAUAUAUAUAUAAUUAUUGUUAUAUAUAUAUAUAUUUAUAUAUAAUAUAAAAAAAUGUAAAUACGUAAAAAAAAAUAAAAAAAAUAAUUAAAAUUAAAUAAUUUAAAAAUAUAUAGAUGUUUGUUAUUUCGUUCUAACUGUAUUGUGAUAUUAAUAUAUAUAUAUUUAUAUCAAAAUACAAGUAGAACGAAAUAAUAUAUAUAUCUAUAUACAUAAAUAUAUACGUAUAUAUCACUAUAUAUAUACACCUAUAUAUAAAUAAAAAUAUUAAAAUAUAUAUAUAUAUAUAUAUAUAUAUAUGUAUAUAUACACAUAUGUAUAUAUAUACAUAUAUUAAUUCUACACAUAUAUUUAUGUAAUAUUUUUACAUAAUUAGGUAUCCUAAUUAAUUACAAUUAGCGGGACCUGCCUGACAACCCAUGCCGAAAGUAUAGUGAAUUUAAUUUGCUAGCACUAUAUUUAACCCUAUAACUUUCCAAGACACCAUAAAACCUGUAAAUUGGGGGUACUGUUUUACUCGGGAGACUUCGCUGAACACAAAUAUUAGUGUUUCAAAACAGUAAAAUGUAUUACAAUAAUGAUAUCGCCAGUAAAAGUGAAGUUUUUUGCAUUUUUCACGCACAAACAGCACUUACACGGAUGAUAUUAUUGCUGCAAUACUUUUUACUGUUUUGAAACACAAAUAUUUGUGUUCAGCGAAGUCUCCCGAGUACAACAGUACCCCUCAUGUACAGGUUUUAUGGUGUUUUCAAAAGUUACAGCGUCAAAUAUAAGGCUUGCGUUUCAUUUUUUUCACAUUAAAAUUCGCCAGAUUGGUUACGUUGCCUUUGAGACCCUAUGGUAGCCCAAGAAUGAAAAUUACCCUAUGAUGGCAUACCAUUUGCAAUAGUAGACAACCCAAGGUAUUGCAAACGGGGUAUGUCCAGUCUUUUUUAGUAGCCACUUAGUCACAAACACUGGCCAAAAUUGGCGUUUUUUUGCAUUUUUCACACAAACAGAUACUAACGCUAACUUUGGCCAGUGUUUGUGACCAAAUGGCUACUAAAAAAGACUGGACAUACCCCAUUUGCAAUACCUUGGGUUGUCUACUAUUGCAAAUGGUAUGCCAUUAUGGGUGUAAAUUUCAUUCCCGGGCUACUAUACAGUCUCAAAGGCAACGUAACCAAUCUGGCGAAUUUCAAUUUCAAAUGUAACGUGCUAUAUUUGACCCUGUAACUUCCCAAAACGCCAUAAAACCUGUACAUAGGGGGUACUGUUUUACACGUGAGACUUUGCUGAAUACAAAUAUGUGUAUUUUAUUGCAGUAAAAGCAAACAGUAUUAUGACAUUGACAGUUAAAAUGUCAUGUAGAACUAAAAAAAUUUUAAAAAAUCUUAUUUUCUCCCAUUUUUUUCAUAUUAAAUUAUGUUUCAUAGCUAAAUAUUUGAUAUUAAAUGAAAGCCCUGUUUCCCCUGAAUAAAAUGAUAUAUAAUAAGGGUGGGUGCAUUUACUAUGAAAGAGGUGAAUUACGGUUGGACAGACAUGUAGCGCAAAUGCCAGGUUUUGUUUACAUUUUGUUUCGUUCACAACGUGUACAUUUGGCUCCGUCCUUAAGGGGUUAAAGCAAUAAACACACUAUUUACAAAUAAACACAAAACCACAUUAGAUCUCACCGACAGCAAAACUCCAUUACAUACCAACACAUCCUUUUCACAACACACAGAAAGACAGAAAGGGAGAGAGAAGGCAGUGUUCAGGUAUAUUUAACUCCUGCCCUGUUGACUGAGUUAGCUCAUUAAAGGAAAAUUAUAGUCAGCAGAACAACUACAGCUUAAAUAGAUACUAUAGGAUACUAUAGGAAUACAUUGAUGUAUGCGCCUGUAGUAGUGUUCUCAAAUCCAGAGUAGUAUGGGGAAUAAGAGAACAACGUAAUAUAGUGUAGUAUAUUUUAAAUUCUUUGUGGUUAUGAAUAAAACGAAACGCACUUACAAUUUUCUGGAGCUUAUGAUCAGCUCCAGAUUUAUGCACCUGGACAGUACAAUCCCUGUCUGUGGAUAUGUUGACAGUUCUCGUGCGUCUUUGGAGGCAUCUUUCCCAGUUAUUGGAGUAUUCUUGUGGUGUGCAGCAGACCAGCAGUUAGAUGUCCUCAGUAUAUAGGGAGGAAAAUUAAAACAGAAUAUAGUGCUCUCUGUAUGUAUUAUAUAGAAAAAAUGUAUAAAAGGAGAUAUUCCUCAAUCCUAAUAUGCAUAGGUGGUAUAAUCCCCACCAAGGAUGUCACUGCGUGAGUCCUCUGGUUAAAAUUUUCAAAGAUAGGUCAAAAAUCUCCAAAUAGUAUAAAAAUAACUAGUUUUAUUUGGAGAGAAAUGGUAAAACAAAGUAUAUUAUAAAAUUGAUAAUAAAACACUAACGCGUUUCAUCUACAGUUAGGCUUUUUCAAAGUGUUCAAAUUAACUCUGGUUAACUAAAAGCAAUAAAGGGAUUAUUUACUAAAGGAAUAUUCAUCUAUUGACAAGAUUCACAUUAGACCUUCUAGUGCCUCUUUUACGUUUGAGGCUCAUGAAAUGUUUUAAUAUUUUUUUUUGUUUAAUACAUGUUUUCUUUAUAGGUCAUUUUCUGUUUCUUGAAACAUCGUUGGUUGGUUUAAAGGGUGAAAAAGCCCACUUAAAAAGUUCUAAAUGGAAAGAGUCAAAUGUGAAUUGCAAGCUAAUCUUCUGGUAUUACACAUCAUCCAAAGCUACUGGACUCAUACAAGUUCUUAUCAAAGUAGGUCAUGUACUUAUUUCAUUUUAAAUACAGUAUAUACACAACACAAUGCAUUACUCAUAAACCAAUGUUAUACUAAAGGUCCACAGUUUCAUUGAAAAUGCUUGUCCAUUAGGGGCAAUACUUGGCUAGAGUCAAAUCAUAUAGAACAAUUUUAUUUCAGUAAUUUUUUAGCCUUUUGGGAUCUGCAUUUGUGCCCAGCAGAAUAUAAAAGUUGUAAGCUGGGUAUUAUGGUUAGAAUAGAUGUAUGUUAAUUCCCUAUUAAGUUAUUUCUUUGGGACUGUGUAUUGACAUACAAUCAUCAAGUUAAGACAAAGAAAAGAAAAGUGUAAUAACAAGUAGAAACGAGAUAAUGUAACAUUGUCAUUGAUGGAUUAAAAAAAUGGAAAUAUCUAGAUCACCUAACACUGAAGAGACCCGAGUUGGAGAAUUUGGCUCCAAUUUGUAUAAUUUUGGUCUAGAGUUUGUUACGUAGCUGUCAUCUUACAAUCAGUAAAUUUCACUCAAUCUAUACUAAGUGGAACAAGUGUAGUAAAUAAUACACUGCUCAAAAAUAGAAAGGGAACACAAAAAUAACACAUCCUAGAUCUGAAUUAAUUACUUCAUUCUUUUCAUUCUUAUGAAAUACUUUGUUCUUUACAUAGUUGAAUGUGCUGACAACAAAAUCACACAAAAAUUAAAAAAUGGAAAUCAUAUUUUUCAACCCAUGGAGGUCUGGAUUUGGAGUCACACUCAAAAUGAAAGUGGAAAAACACACUACAGGCUGAUCCAACUUUGAUGUAAUGUCCUUAAAACAAGUCAAAAUGAGGCUCAGUAGUGUGUGGCCUCCACGUGCCUGUAUGACCUCCCUACAACGCCUGUGCAUGCUCCUGAUGAGGUGGCGGAUGGUCUCCUGAGAGAUCUCCUCCCAGACCUGGACUAAAGCAUCUGCCAACUCCUGGACAGUCUGUGGUGCAACGUGACGUUGGUGGAUGGAGCGAGACAUGAUGUCCCAGAUGUGCUCAAUUGGAUUCAGGUCUGGGGAACAGGCGGGCCAGUCCAUAGCAUCAAUGCCUUUGUCUUGCAGGAACUGCUGACACACUCCAGCCACAUGAGGUCUAGCAUUGUCUUGCAUUAGGAGGAACCCAGGGCCAACCGCACCAGCAUAUGGUCUCACAAGGGGUUGGAGGAUCUCAUCUCGGUACCUAAUGGCAGUCAGGCUACCUCUGGCGAGCACGUGGAGAAAUGCCACCACACACCAUUACUGACCCACUGCCAAACCGGUCAUGCUGGAGGAUGUUGCAGGCAGCAGAACGUUCUCCAUGGCGUCUCCGGACUAUGUCACGUCUGUCAUAUGUGCUCAGUGUGAAUCUGCUUUUAUCUGAGAAGAGCACAGGGCGCCAGUGGCGAAUUUGCCAAUCUUGGUGUUCUCUGUCAAAUGCCAAACGUCCUGCACGAUGUUGGGCUAUAAGCCCUCAUACCACCCUCAUGGAGUCUGUUUCUGAUCGUUUGAGCAGACACAUUUGUGGCAUGCUGGAGGUCAUUUUGCAGGGCUCUGGCAGUGCUCCUCCUGUUCCUCCUUGCACAAAGGCAGAGGUAGCGGUCCUGCUGCUGGGUUGUUGCCCUCCUACGGCCUCCUCCAUUUCUCCUGAUAUACUGGCCUGUCUCCUGGUAGUGCCUCCAUGCUCUGGACACUACGCUGACAGACACAGCAAACCUUCUUGCCACAGUUCACAUUGAUGUGCCAUCCUGGAUGAGCUGCACUACCUGAGCCACUUGUGUGGGUUGUAGACCCCGUCUCAUGCUACCACUACAGUGAAAGCACCGCCAGCAUUGAAAAGUGACCAAAACAUCAGCUAGGAAGCAUAGGAACUGAGAAGUGGUCUGUGGUCACCACCUGCAGAUACACUCCUUUAUUGGGGGUGUCUUGCUAAUUGCCUAUAAUUACCACCUGUUGUCUAUCCCAUUUGCACAACAGCAUGUGAAAUUGAUUGUCACCCAGUGUUGCUUCCUAAGUGGACAGUUUGAUUUCACAGAAGUGUGAUUGACUUGGAGUUAGAUUAUGUUGUUUAAGUGUUCCCUUUAUUUUUUUGAGCAGUGUAUAUAUGUACUGAUAUUGACAUUUCAUCAUAGUGUGGAAGAUACUGGUGUAACCCAAGUAAAACAGGGUAUAGGAAUGUAUUAAAUAAUUGGUUAUUACAACUUGUUUAUUUUUUUGUUGAAUCAUUACUAUUGGUCAUGUCAGGUACAAACAAAAGAUAGUUUAGCUUGUGGGUAUUACCAAAAUAUAAAUGAACUAUUAAAUAGUCUGCAACCAGACAAUGCAUCAGCCAAUGAAUGCAGAUAUACAAGCUCAUAUUGACUUCUAGUAUAAAGGGAGAAAAUAGAAAAAUAAAAGAAAGAAUGGGAAAAGAGAAAGAGUCGAUUGACAGAAAAAUAAGUUAAUAUUUGUGAACCAGUAAAGAUGUAGCACAUACCAAUGACAACUUUCAGUUCAGUUGCACUGAUUUUGUGAAUCUUUCCAUUUGUCAGACAGAUUAUUUUUCUUAUUGAAAUGCAUCAUUUGUUGGAUUUACAUCUAUACCACUUCCUAUGGAAUUUUAAUGAAUGAUAUAAAGCCUACAUAUAGGACCUCCGAUUUAUGCCAAUAGCAACAAAUAUAUAUUCAGUUUUAUGUACCUCCAAUUGCAGCGUUCUCAUUUUUUGUGUUUUUUUUAUUUUGUUUGAUUUAGUUUAAAUUUAUUAUUGUGUAACGCACACUGGAUCUCUUACAGUUCUCCAGAGAUUAUUUGUAAUAUUUUUUCCACUAUGUGAGUUCAUUUGAUUUUCUUCUGUAGUUCACAUUUAUGACUAAUAUGUAUCUCAACUGAGAAACCAAAUUUGCCUUCUUGUUAUUAAAUUACAAAGUAAUUCUGCUAAAUUUCCUGGGAGGCAUAUGCUGAAUUAACAUUCCUAAAUGUCUCAGAGACAGAUAGAUAUAUAUUUGUCACUAAAGAAAUAAGGUUUUGGUCCACCAUUCGAAAUGUUCUGAUGUUAUUAUGAUGUUAUCUGUGCUGGGAAUAAGAGUGAAGUGGAUCAAUACCUGAAUUGAGUAACUGAGUUUAAGUUUUCUUCAAGGAGUUUUUAAAAAAUAUUGCAACUGUAUUUAAACCACUUGGGCAAUUAUUUUAGCAAUGAGAGAAGUAUCUAUAAAAUACUAUAAAUCCUUUGAGCACUUAAAGCUGUGUUUAGAAACUCAUGACAUUUAUACAGAGACAGACAACAGAAAAUAUCAGUUCUCUUUAUUACAGAAACUUUUAUAUUGGGAUCAACAGUGUUGAUUUGUAACACACACACACACAUACACAAACACACACAUGAACAUGCACAAAAAACAUAUUGUAAGUUUGAGUCUAAAUAGUUAUUAUUAGAGUUUAAGAAUAUUGGGAUUUAUGCAAUAUAUUGUGAACUGUGUAGAAGUGACAAUGAAAUUGAAGACAUUCGGCCAAUAAAGACAAAAUGACUGUAUAUGUUGACCUAACACUUGUAAAGCUCUUAUCAAUUCUAUAUUCUUCUCCACUGUCUUGGGUCAUUGAAACCAAUAAAAUAUCUAGAUUUUGCCAAAGAAAUGUAAGUGCAAAUUAAAAUCCUACUUCAAUGGGCUGAUUAAAUGCUACAGACAGCAGUCAAUCAAGGAAGUUCAUUCUCAUAGUGCAUGUGCAGAAUUUUGGGAAGAAGAUUGUGUAAGAUGCCAAACUGUGUACAAGUAAGAAAACAGGAUUAUUUUAAAAAAGCACAUUCUAAAAUAUAUAUCUAAAUUAGCUAUAAGAUUGUGCUGUCACUUCCACGUGACAGGCUAUUUCAAGGCACAGUGAGAAUACGUAGGUAGAGAUAGUUAAAGCCAUGCAUUUAGUUAUUCACAAAAGUGAGAGUUUAGGGUGAAUUCAAAGUGAACCUCAAAGUUAAGGUCAAAAUAGCUGAAUAGUUGAAAAAGCUGAAACGUUCUCUGUCAGCUAUGCUUCCAGGUCAGCUAUUCAUAGAAACAUAGAAUGUGACGGCAGAUAAGACCCAUUCAACCCAUCUAGUCUGCCCAAUUUUCUAAAUACUUUCAUUAGUCCCUGGCCUUAUCUUAUAGUUAGGAUAGCCUUAUGCCUAUACCAUGCAUGCUUAAACUCCUUCACUGUGUUAACCUCUACCAAUUCAGCUGGAAGACUAUUCCAUGCAACCACUACCCUCUCAGUAAAGUAAUACUUCCUGAUAUUAUUUUUAAACCUUUGCACCUUUAAUUUAAGACUAUGUCCUCUUGUUGUAGUAGUCGUACGUCUUUUAAAUAUAGUCUCUUCCUUUACUGGGUUUAUUCCGUUUAUUCUGUCCUUAAAUUUGAAAUUCACUUUGAAUUCACCUUGAAUUCUCACUUUAGUAAAUAACUCUGGCAGUGUUGAAAGACAUGAAACAUUCUGAAAAGUACAUCCCGAAAAAAAAAAGUUAUGUAUAGCUAUUAAUCUCACAUUGAGGUUUUCUGGAAAUUGACUGUGAGCAGAAAGGUAAGGCUGGUGUGAUAGCUCAGUGAGCUAAUGCAUCAUCAAGCUUUGUGGGUUGCAGGUUCAUAUACCACCUGUGUUGGCCCAGCUGUUCAUCCUUCCAAGGUAGAUAAAACGAGUACCAUUAAAUUGGGUAAUAGUAACAUCCCAAGGGCUUACUUGGAAAUCUGAGUAAUCUGAAUGUACCUUUCCUGGUUAAACACUUUGUUAUUAUAUAUAUAUAUAUACAAAAUAGAGCACUUUUUGUUAUCUAGUCUAAUUUUCUUUUUUUUUUUAAAUAGGAUAGCCGAUAUAGAAUCAAUUUCAGUCAGAGUGUAAAUACCUUAAGUUAGGUCCACAUGACUAUAAGGCUACAACUACCAUUGUACCUAUUUGUACAGAGUUUAGCUUUUGUUUUAAAUGUACUUACAUGCAAAUCAUACAAUCUAGAUAACAUUUUAAGAUAGUGAACAUUAUUGCUAUAAAGUAUUAUACAUAUGGUAGCAAAAUAAGGCUUUGCUGUAGAAAGCCCCAAGAGGGAGGAUGAUGAUGCUAACACACUACAUUAGUUAACAAAUGCACCAUGAAAUAAGACACGUGGAUGUUCAAUAAAUUAAUCUGUUGAACAGACAUAAUUCUAUCAUAUUGUUAAACACUGUGGUUUCAGUCCUAUAAAUAAGUAUAUUUGCCGUUUUUAUUCCUUAAGCUAUCAAUGAGUCUGCUCCUCUGAUGUUGAAGGGUUAGAAGUUUCAUUGUAAAAUACUUUUUAAGGAACACUCUAAACACCAUAACCACUGUGGUAAGCAUGCCAUUGGGCCCUGCUAUUGUAAAUAGUCAAACCAUUUUAGAACUGCUUCAGACAAAGAGCUUCCAACUCUCUGUUUGAGCUAAGCCCGGCAGUUCAAUCAGCAGAUGCUCUCAGCGAAUGAGCUAGGCUUGUACCACAGUGCUUAGCUAAGGUUAGUUAACAGAAGCUCCUGGUUUGGAACUCUCAUUCUAAGAAGGAAGUAUUGAAGGCAGAUUUGAAGUAAGAACUCUUUUUGACUACUUAAAAUUGGGGUGAGGGACUGAGUGAAGCAGUGUGUUUUGUUCUUGGAGUGUUCCUUUAGGUGAAAGAGCACUCUGUGACAAGGUCAAAUAGGUACAGAAAUUUAUGAACUUCAAAGGGACAGCUAUCACUUUGAGACAAUUGUUGAAAUAGCUUUGAAUGAAACAAUUGUCUCAAUCUGCAGGCUAAGAAAAGCAAUUAAUUUGUUCUUUCUUCACAUUUACUUACUUCUUUGUUAUACAUUCCACACCCACUUCAGGGAGGACUCUGGUUUUACCAAUCAGUGUCCUAUCCCUAGGAAUAGUGGGAAAGUGCAUUUGGCAUGCCUGACAGACUUACACAUGUGCAUUUGGAAGUUCUCUUCAUCUUGCAACAUCCUGACAGAGGGAGAAGAGGGGGAGUCUGAUCAGUGUGAUCAUACUUAGCAGCCUCCGAUGUUGGGUUUCUCUCUCCUGCUGCUGCAGAAUUAUGCCCUGUUUGUGUCAUUAGUGGACUGGUCUUAAAUUGAGAAUAGUGGACAAGAGGGAGUGGGGAGGCUGAAUAAACUCACCAAGCUAAAAAAGCCUCCACCAAUGCAAUCCGACAAAAUGUAUAAACAUUUAUUUUUAUACAUUCUAAAAAAUUUUGCUUUAUUUUGAAUUGUAUGGUUUAAAAAAUAAUUCUGGUCAGUGACCAUAAAAACUACAGACUGGAAUAAAUGCAUGACAGUCCCAGUACAAUGCAUACUAACUGGACAACAAAAUAAUAUAACAGACAUGAUUUUUCAGGUAUUGUCAUAAAUUUAUCUAAAUACAUUCUUUUACAGUUAUAUAUUCUUAACACAAAUUGAAACAUUACUAUAUCUUUAAACUAGCAACAUGCUGUUAUUUUCAAAUGGCUUUCCAUUUGUUUUAAAUAGACAUUGACGGUAGAGGAAGCCAUUUAUUAUGUUUGCGGAUGGCUUACAAAAUUAUACUCCUUGCGCUUUUGGGGUACUAUUUGUUAUUUUUGACACUUCAGAGCAUGCCAUUAAUAAUUUUCCACAGUUCAGUCUUUUGUAUCUCAUACUAAAUAGCAUUCCCCUUUGAACUAAAACUAUUUAAUUUGAAUUGUUUAAAAACCUGUCCAAUUUUGACCUAUCUUGUUUAUUCAUUUUUAUAGUUUAUAUUAGCCAAGAAUUCAGUGCAUGGUAUAUUUUAUUAAUUUAAGAUCGUCACCAAGAGAUUUAGCAAUAAAGGCAAUCUCUGCCAUCUUUUGCAAACAGAUUAAGUUCCUCGGUAACACUAUACAUCAUCUGAAUUACAAUUUAAUGAAAAAUACAAUUUGAAUUAUAAGAGGCCUUGAUGCAGAAUCUGGUUAAAAGAUAAAUGCUCCAUCUUAGAUUGAAUAAAUACAUGCCCAUCUUUAUUGCAGAUAAAAAUACCUAUUUGAUAUGCAGAGGAAACACUUUAAUAUGAUUUUAUGUUAAUUUCAUGGCUCUAUCAAAAAAGUAUUUUAAAAUACAAUUUCAUAAAAUUCAAGGUUUUCAUUGUAAGUGCUAGCAGACCUUUUCAAAAUCCUUUACAUAAUCUUUCUUCGUAGGACUUGCUUGUGGCCCAUUCAUUAACCUGUAGAAUUCUCAAUGUAUUCAUUAAUUCUCAAAUGUGAAAUCAAUAGUGGGCAUUAUACAUAGGUUAAAAUGAAGAGGCUGCUAUGCAAAUCAUUGUGGUGCACAUAUUCAAACUCAAGACACAAUUCCUUAAUAAUUCAGAGCGUAUUCAACUUAUUCCAAGAAUACAUUUUACAUCAAACACAUCCGACUAUUUCAGCUAAGGAAAUGAGCAAUUUGGUGAAUAGCUUUAUUAAAAAUAAUAUACUUUUGAAAGCAUGAAGUUAAAACCCAUGGUGAAAUAUAGUAUAGUGAUCAUUAUAAGCCUUCUUUUGUCCCAUGGUUCUCCUGGGCAUCAGUCAGACUUAGCUCAGUGAAGAAAGCUUCCUGUUCUGACUGAGCUGUAGUGUUUAGUGGAGAAGGGAAGUGGACCCAGGUAAGCAGUCAAAUCAUUCUAAAAUGAUUUGAUACCGUACAAUGGUAGUGGGGGGGGGAGGGGGGGGAGGGGAUGCCAAGUUGCUAUAUUUUAUGGUGCUUAGAGUAUUCCUUUAAAAAAAGCUACUGUUGUUUACAAAAAACCUAGAGUAUAAUGCACACACUAAAAAGGGGGAAUACUUCCCACAUGGUGCUCCCGAAAGGGAGGGCCACUCCAUGAAGACAUAAAAUGGAAGAAAAUAAAUAUCCAGGCACACCUGAGGUUUCUUCUAAAAGGCAGUCUUUUUUUUUUAAACAAGGAAGUGGAGACAACGUUUUAGCUCCUUUCUGAGCCUUUAUCAAGACUUGAUAAAGGCUCAUAAAGGAGCUUAAACGUUGUCUCCAUUUCCUUGUUUCAAAUUAAGACUGCCUUUUUAGCAGAAACCUCGGGUGUGUCUGGAUAUUUAUUUUCUUCCUUUUAAAAAAAACUACUGACUUUACGGUAGACACAGUGGAUAUGUUCUUCUGCUUUAACAACAUACAUUCUAAUAAAAUGUGUUAGUCACUCACAAUAGUCUUGUUCCAAUGCCAGAGGUCUAUAUUACAUAGGAAAGGUACUGAUACUCUAGUAAAUAAUUAAUUGUGGACCUUUGACUGGAACAUGCUGUUAGUGAUGCCUAUACCUGAAAAUGGGUAUCCAUUAAAUCUACCAUUUUACCCAAUUUGGAAUUCUGUUCAUAUUCUUUUAUUUAAGUUUUAACAAUUUUAAAUAAUACAUAAUAUAAUAAAUUAAUUAAGGGUAAAUUAAACAGGAGAAAUUGAAAGGGUAAAAAGGUAUAACUGAAAGGAAAUAAUAUAAAUAUAAAUUGUACACAAUUAUGACCAAAAACAUUUUCAAGUAGUUGUAAUAGUAAGUGACCAAAAAAAAAGAAAGAUUUAUAAGAUAAUAACCUUUAUGUAAAUUUACAAAAUAGAGUGGAAGAGUUUAUAUCUAAUGUUAAUAAUUUUCUAGUAUGUCUUUUUUAUUUCUUGUGUCCAGGGUUCCCAUGUAUGGCCUAGUUGAGCAUAUAUGGGAGAAAUUUGUCUUAGAGAUAACUCGGAAUUUUUGUUGUCUAAUAUUAUAGCUAGACUUUCUUUUACAGGUGGAAUUUUAUCUGUAUUCCAAUAUUUGGGCAAUCUAGAUGGUGCAGUUAUCAAAAUGCACAUGAUAACAAUUAUUUCAUACUUGCUAAGACCUUUUGGAUUAAACAUUAGUGUUCUAUAGCAGGGAUAGGCAACCUUCAACAUUCCAGAUGUUGUGGACUACAUUCCCCAUAAUGUUCUUACACCUGUAAUGCUGACAAAGUACCAUGGGAGGUGUAGUCCAAAACAUCUGGCGUUCCGAAGGUUGCCUAUGCCUGUUCUAUGGGAAUCCCACCAGACUACAAACAAAGCAAAAAACCCUCUAAACCAAAAGCAGUAAUGAAUGUAUGGUGCUAGAGCUUAAACUAAAACUGGCUAAUUAGGUAGAUGAUAUGAGAAGUGUGAUAUUCACCACUUGAUCGAUUUUUUUUUUGCAUAACAAGAAUUAUAGUUUUUUAUUAAAGAAUUCCACAAAGGUCAUGCAACUGAAAUUGGGAUGAACUCACUCUCAAAUAUUGUUUUUUACGUGUUAGCUUACUGCUUUGUUGAACAUCAUGAUAGGUUCCAUGGUGGUUUUAUAACUUUCAGGACUUCGUCACAUAAUUACUCUUCAUAAAUAACUCCCACUGUUCCUUCUGUUGGAGUACAUACAAUGCAAAAUAUUAUAUAUAUGUGGGUUUCGGGUGGAUGGAUAGAUGGAUUAACAGACAGACAGAACUUUUUUUUUUUAUAAGUUCCACGCAAAUUUUUUAACAAACUUGUCCCUUGUGUGACCUACAAACAUUGUAAAUUCAGUGGAUACAAUGAGCAUCAAAAAUGUAUAACCCACAUUUUGUAAAUUAAAGGAUAACUUAAUUAACAUCACCUAGAGCCUGCUUGUCUGAGAAUUAAUGUUGCAGAAGAUAUAGCUUUAAUAAUGUAUUAUAUUUUAUAUGCAGAAAAUAAAAGCAAUGAUAAAUGUACAGUGAAGAAUGAAAAUGGCUACGAUUUCUAUGAAACAUAUAAUUUGUCAUUUCCUCACAAACUUAGUGGGAAAUAAGAGACGCAAGAAGAAAAAACAUACACAGUCAGUUUUUGGUACUCAAACGAUUUUGCUGUAAAAAAAUGAAAUAAUAAUGAGUAUUUAGAUUUUUAUUGUUAUACUAUACUGAUUAUGUUAUAAAUAAUAUUAUCACCACUGUAGUGACAGUAUUAUAUAUAUUUUCAAUAUUGAACAAUUGGUGGAUGACAUACACAAGUAAAUUCGAGUAGAAAAAGUUUUAUUGCAGAAACAAGAGCUCUGUUCAAACAAGUUUACGGUUUAAGGGAGUUGCAAAUGUUAAGCAAUAUCAAAGGAUUGACUGGUCCUGGUUUCUGUACUUUGCCACUGUGUCACAGUAUUCAUUCUCUUCUAUCUUCACCUGUGACAUUAUUGGAUACAGACCCACUGCCGCUGCUAUCUGUUACAAGUGCAACUUUUGAUCUCUAUCCUUUUUUUUUUUUAAGACAAAAAAUCUAAAUGUAGUGUUCGAGGCUUGUACUUUUAAUAGCGAUGUUUAAAGUGGCACUGUCAACAUCUGGGGAUUUUGCAAAGACGCCUGACGGUGACAUUGUCUCUGGUGGUUUGGUCGCGGGGGGUAGGGAGAAAGGGAAGGGAAAGGUGUGAUUUGCUUACCUGAACAUGUCGGGUUUGACACUAUAGAACUGCCCAGUGUCUAAGAAAGUCAGGCAUAGAAAAUAUAUAGAGAGGAAGUGAUCCUUACUUUUCUCUGUUUAUCUCGGGUUUCGAAUUUCAGGGAUAAUGAAACACAGUCAAAAUGAGUAUUUUAUAUAGACUCUAUCUUUAUAACGUACUAACUUUCCGGGUGGGUGGAAGGAGUGAUAGUGCUUGAUUAACAUGUACUAAAAAUGUAAUGGUUUGUUUGUCUGUUAUCUGUAUCAUUUGUCAGUGUAUAUUGACCAUUUGCAGUGUAUUUGACCAUUCAAAGCUUUGGGAAGGCCCAUACAUGUCACAUCUCAGGAGUUGUAUGUUAUGUACACACAUGCAAAUAACAUACCAAAUCUUUUCAGCCUGGGGGAGAAUUAGCAAGGGACCAAUCCCACGAAAUUUGAGGUCCUGCAUGUAGGGUUUAUAAUUAAUACACAUUUAUAUUUCGGUGAUUCCCACAUGCUCAGCUAUCUUUUGUUUGUACAUCAAGUGACCAAUAAUGAUAAUUCAAAAAAAGAAAGAUGUAACAACCUAAAUUUCAUGAAUUCCUAUACCCUGUUUUAGGUCACACAAAUAUCUGCCACAGUAUGAUGAAAUGAAAUAUAUAUCAUGUACUGCACUUGUUCUGCUUAGUACAGAUUUUCACUGAUUGGAAAUUGACAGCUACAUAACAAACUCUAGUCCAAAAUUAUGCAAAUUGGAGCCAAAUUCUCUAACUCAGGUCUCUCCAUGGACACAUUUAUGUUGAGUUAAUGGUAUCUGGCAUGUGAGAUAGACAACAGGCUUUGAGCAGUAGAAGCAGUUGGGUAGUGUUUGUAGAAGAGGCUACAAAAUAAUAAUUUAGCAUUUUAUUGGUUUACAGCAUAACGCCACAAGCAUCAAUGAGUUUUUUUUUUGUCUUCUGUCUUGGACUGUAACCUCAAAUAACCAUAUUAUUCACUGACUGGUCACACAUUACCACUCAACAGUUCUUUUCUUUAACUUUAGAUAACAAUUGUCUCAAUUUAAUGUUUUUUGGUGGUAACUAUUAAAAUAAUUUAAGAUUUGUAAGAACAUUUUUAUAUUUUGAAAUUCGAAUAUAUUGAUAUAUUUUGUUAUAUACGGUAUAUUUUUGAUAUUUUAAUAUUUAAAAAAAAUUAUAAUUUCAGUUUCUCCAAAAAUAUGAAAUAAUUUAAAGAGCUUAUUCAAAAAUAUUAAAUCAAGGUCAAUGUUUGGCGAUCUGGAUAUUUCACCAUUUGUGUUUUAAUACAUCUGAACUAGAUAAUGCUAUGCUAUUAUCUUGCUUUUACCUGUUAAUAAGUGAUUAUUACAUUUCUCAAUUUGCCUCCCUAAUUAGCCGAAUAGUGUUCUUCUAAACCUUAGAACACUUGGGAGUUCACUGUUUGCUCAAUGCUGCCAGCAGUCUUGAACACUGUGCCGAUUUUCAAGUUAGGAAUUGGUUACACAUUACUUGAUAAAUAACCACUGAAUUAUCCUAGGUUUUGCCCAAUAUGUUUUUUCACUAACCAUUGUUAGAAAAAAAUGUUGAUGUAUACCUUUCUUAGUGGCUGCAGUUAUUUCAAGCUCUAUAUGCUCCUGACAUCAUGGAACGUUUCUCACUACAGUCUGAAUAUCCAUGCCAGAUCGUUCUCUUAAAUGCUUGCAUUACAGUAGUUCUUGACUAUUACAGGAUACAAGAAAACUGAAGAUCUACACAAGUUAGAAUGGGUCUGUCACGCAAAGUGCAGAUAUACCAUGUUUUGUUCUGCUUUGAGUAUUUUAACCACAUUAUUUUCAGGCUCUGAUAUGCCCACAUGUGACCUUUCCAAUAAAUCAGCUUGUGACAGUUUUGAAUUGAACUGGUAGGAUACUCAUGUUACUAGAACAGAAAUCAGCCCACCCCAAUAUCACUCUGUCCUCAUUGACCUUCACUUACAACACAUCCAAAAGCAUCCUCAUGCGGGUGUCUUGGAGGCUGUGCGGCUGCCCAUAAGACUAAAAUCAACAUUUGCAAUAUCACUAAAAAUGAGAAGGUCCUGUUUUGUGCAUAACAGUUCUGAGUGAAAUGUAACAAACUUGAGUGACCAGCCUAGUGACCUCAUCUAUAAUUCGGUAUUUUUAGCUAGCUGUCUGUCUGUCAUUAUUUCAAUGUGUAUUUAACACGUUUCCUUUCCUCUGUUAGGCAAAUAAUGACCUUUCUAAAAUGUGGGUACAAGAUGGCAAUUAUGAAGGAAACUGGACUAAAGCAGAGAUUUAUAUAGGAAAACGAAGAAACUUUCAAAUAAUUUUUGAAGGAAUUCGUACAAGAGAUUUUGGAGGAGGGGCGGCAAUUGAUGAUAUUGAAUUUCUAAACUGUUCAACGCGUGAGUAACAUUAUAUUAAAUCAUACUUUCAUAUCUUCCAAUUAAACUAUUUAGAUGAAAUAAUUAUACAGUCGCUGGCACUAAAAAGACAUAUGAAAAUAAAAUAAAUCCCAUGUUAUCUAAAAGUAAUUUUUAAACAGAUUUCAAGAAAUGGUAUUAAAUAAGCCUUAUUAAAAUAAAACUUCAAUGGCUGACUACAGCAGUGAAACAUUUAAAUUGCUCUGUGAGAUCUGAUAACAGAAUGCAGGGAAAAUUAACUAAUUUAUGGCUUUAUCACCAAUCACAUCAAAGGUAUCUUUUUGCUCCUCUGUAGCUCUACAAACAGGGUUAUUCACUUAAGUCUGAAUGGACCCUUACUGAAUGGGGCAAAACUAUAAAGCUGCAUAUGGGGUCAUUCGAACUGCAAAAUCACAAAGUCCAGACAUUGUUCACUCAAUUCAAAAGUCUAGAUUUUACAAUUCCGGCCUAGAACAGGUCUAAAUGUGGUCCGGACUUCAGUUUGGCCGAAUGCUACCGAAUGGUUGAAAUCUGCCGAAAUGCUUAAAAUGUAUGCCUAAAUACUUUAAAGUCGGGCCUGAAUUUAAAAACAAACAAAAAAAAACCCCCACAUCUUUGUGCCCUCUUACAGCUCUACCAGGAAACGCUAAUUCGCGCAAAUACUUUCUGCUAGAUGCAUUUGGUUCUGUAUUUUAUUAAUAUCUGUGCAUUGUGAAUCUUCCAAAUCGAUUUGGAUUGCAAGAUCACUAAAUUUAAUCCUGAAUGCAUCCAGGCAGUUUCUGCAGAUUCACUCAGGCCGACCGAAUUCCAUCUGAAUUAGAUCAUUUUAUGUUGUACAGAAACGCAACAUGAACUAACUUAACUCAUGCAAACCAGUAGACGAAUAUGCAUUCCCACUGAAAAAAGUAGUAUUCAUAAUAUAUGCCAGAGAAAAUAACUUUAUAAUUAUUAUGCUUCAAAACUAUAUCAUGCCUGGAUGUGUAAUACGAUUUGUUACAACUAAGCAAAUCUGAAGUCAAUGAAGUAUUAAAGCGAAAUAAGAAAAAUAUAUAUCUUUCCAAUUGUAGAGGACAUUUAAACUCUAUCAGUUUCCUGAGAUCUGUUCAGUAACUUGUUGAGUUGUGCUGAGAUGAGAACUGUAGGAGAAAUGGGAGCAGUUUCCAAUUCACCAACAUUCUCAAGUCACCAUAACUCACUUUCUAAAUAACCAACUUCUGAUGAAACAUAACAGUUGUUGAAUAAUCAUUUAAUAACUGAAGAAACAUUGUACUGCCAUUGAAUACUUAUUGAAACACAUUAUUUAUAUUAUACCUGAUGCCAGCAAAAAGCUAUUUAAAAAAAAAAAAAAGUAUUGCGUAUAAUAGAAGUGAAUCUUUUGCUAAGACCCCUUUAAAAAAAAAAAAAUUAUGUAUGCAUUUAUUUGAAAAGCAUACGGUUCUAAGAAACUCAAGUUUGGUUAGCUUUAGAGGGAAGGGAACAUUUGUUGCCAGAAUUUGGAUAAUUUCUAGACUCAAAUCAUAAUAUGUAUCUUUUUUAGAUCUGUGAAAAAAUCUAAAUCCAAAAUACAUAAAGAAUUGGCAUAGUUUAAAAGUAAAAACUCUUCUCCCAAACCCUAAAUAUAAAUAUUUUGCUUUUGCGCUGCCAAAAUAUAUAGGCUUUACACAUAAAUGUAUAUUCCUAUGUUUUAAAAGAAACUAUAAUAACAUACUUUUUUUAUACUCCAGCUCUCCAGAUAUUUUGUAACAAUUCUUUGAUAAUUUUCUCUAACAUACAGAGAAUAAAGAGCAUUGGAGAGUAUCUCGUCAUCUUGCCUCUAUGUCUUUUAAAGGAGAAGGCAAACAUUGUUUUUGUGGGUACAGUGGAACUCUUCCCUCUGGCAUACACAUGUGGAUGCUAUUUAAUAUUAGUAUAAUAAUGCAACUGGGUCAACUAACUCUCAAAAGCAAAAAGUGGUAGAGGUCCUUUCUACAGAUUAUCCAGUUUAUACUAGCUAUAGGGUGUCGGAAGGUUGUGUAACUGUAUGUGAUGCCAAAGUUAAGCUCAGUUGUACAAGGGUUGCCAUUUUUUGAAGGUAGGGUAUGGAAGAAUUGCCAAAUACAAAACACUUGGAAUUCCUGACAUCAAUGAAAAAAUAUUAUUUUCUAUGAGAACUGAGCAGUCUGGGUGCAAUUAAAAUCUUAACUAUCUUGUAGAGACUUUGUUUGCCUUAGAGAAUUCCUUUCUACAAACUUUUUGAUAGUGUAUAAUGCUCAUCCUUUUCGCAUAAAAGCCUUACACUUGCGUAGUUCCUGAAUACCAUUCAACAUCAUCUGUAUAAAUUGACUAUGAGGAGCAAAUAAUAAUAAUAUAAAAAAAACAGGAUGCAGUACCAUCCUGUACCUUUCAGCUUUUACUCAACAUAAUUAAUACUGGAAGUAAUGAAAGUAGCUGGGAAUGUAGGAGGCCAUAUUUAUCCCCAACAGGGGCCAAAUCAUAUUCCUUUGAAUACAAUUUAAUGGUGAAUUGGAGUUUGGGCUACUUGGUUUGCAUGUUCACUAUUUGAAGUAAUACAUUGUAUUACAUCAUCUUCCUGAAGUUGCUUCUACAUGUUUUGGGAUUACAAAGUGCAAAAGUUCAAAGAGAACUAGUUAAGACAAUUCCACACUGCUGGUAGGGCUUAUCAGCCAUAUAUUAUGGGUAAAAUAUGUAUAAACAUUUUUCUACAACUGUCUCAGUAUCACUCAAGCUCACUCAACAGGAUACUAGAAUACACAAAUGCAUAUUUACUUCUGUGUUUCUUUCCAAUAAAUUGACAAGUAAAAUGACUUGAGGCAAUGGGGAUAUUUUUUCUAAUAAUUGGAUACAGCCUUUUUUUUUUAAUACAAUAACUGUUUUGUUAUUAUAUACUUAUUGUAUUAUACUAUAUACAAUAUUUUUUUUUGCUAUUCCAUUUAACCUGAAUAAAAACUGAAUACAAUAUAUCUACUGGAAUAAAUAACUUUGUCUUAAUAUUCAGACUUAUCCUUAUCUUUCUAUGUGCUUGACUAAAAGAAAAAAGUGCCAGUAUUAGAUUAUUUAAAAAAAAAAAAAAAGCAAAACAGAAGAUCCCUUCUAUAAUGUGCAUAUUGUUUUUUAUUCUAACAAUAUAAGCUGACAUUUAUAUUAAGCAUUCUGUACACUGUAAAUGUUUUUGCUCUUGCACUAAUGUGAUUUCAAAAUACCAGGAUCAGAUGUCUGAGUGUUUUUCAAUUCAGUUGCUGUCACGUCAGUUGAUAGUGUUCAGUGCGACUACCUGACAGCGGACAAGAAGUACAGAAUGCAAAAAUUUCCAAAACUGAUCAAUAUGUCCAAACGGCAACAUUUAUAUUCUUGUCUGUCGUAAACAUUAGACUCACACCCAUCAUCUGGUACCUGCUUCAAUCCAUCAUAUUCAUUUGGGCUUGUUUUCACAUGUUGACCUUGUCUUGACAAGACAUCAGCAUCUCUCCGAGCCAAACAGGACAGUACUUCAGACUAAAAUCUAUGUGCUUUACAAAUAGCUUUUAAAGACGCAGCUAAAAACGAAUGCACAGUGACAUAUAUAGGUUCUCAUGCUGACAUGAAAGUAAAGACUAAAAGAAAUCUAUCCAGGAAAAAUGAGAAACUGCAUUUAAACAUUGAGAAUUGUUUAGUAAAAUAGUUUUCUUUUUGAAGUAACUCUAUAUAGGAUAUUACAUUUACCAGUGUGAGAUACAAAUGUUUUCUCUCUUGUCCAACGAAGAUCCUUUGUCAGUGACCCUAAUUCCCUAAGGCAGUUCUAUACAAUAAUACCACCAUUAAGCACACAUGUUGUGAUCCAGAUCGUAACCAGAAUCUCACAAGCGUGCAUGUGAAUAUCAUUACUGUCACGUGCAAUUUAUGAGAAGUUUUUAUAUGUAAUAAAACCAUAAAGUAAAUCCACAGCGUAACAAUGCACAGUGGCACAUAACACAUGUGUGCCAUUUAUAUCAUAAUGUCACAACAUCGAAACUAUGCUUGAUGUAAUUAGUUUAGCUAAUUAUGCUGAGUAAUCAAUAUAAUACUUCAGUAGAUCACUACGGAAAGGUUGAGGGGAAAAAAAGACUCGGCUAGACAAUAAUGGGACUGUGAAAAUUAUGUCUGGGCUGAAUUUUUGUUCCAUUAUCACCUUGGUAUCGUCUUCAGAAGAAUUAAUAUGUUGCUAAAUAAUUCAACAAUAAGUCAACCAUUGUUAUAUCAGCAAUCUCUUAGUUAUGGGUCUUCCUAUCUCCAUUUAAGCUCAAGAUGAGCAGACUUAUUAAGUAAAACAUGUUUUGUAAUGUAAUUUAAUAUUCUUUAUGUCAACAUAUUACCAAGUUUAAACCAAAGAAAAAAGUAACCUGCGCUCUUUCCACAUCCCUAUGUAUUUUUAAACAAAUGGAGGUUUUUAGUUACCUCCAAUGGCCAUGAGAGGAUAUGCCCAGCUGCCACGUCAAGGCAGACCUCUUAGGUGAGUCCUAACUCUAACCAUUCGCCUUGCUUCCUUGAGCUUCUGGCAAAUAUAUCUCUAAUGAGACAGAAAGGGGUAUUUUGUUAUAUUUUUUUAUAUAGAUUAUAUAUUUUUUAUAUACAAAUACAAAGAAACAAGUCCUGCGCUCAAACUCCCAUUACUCCUAGGUUACAAUGCUGCUGCCCAUUCCAUGUGUUCCCUAUUAAGGGUUAAUAAGCAUGUAGGGAUGUAUAUAAAAAAUACCCCUUUCUGUCUCAUUAGAGAUAUAUUUGCCAGAAGCUCAAGGAAGCAAGGCGAAUGGUUGGAGUUAGGACUCACCUAAGAGGUCUGCCUUGACGUGGCAGGUGGGCAUACCCUCUCAUGGCCAUUGGGGGUAACUAAAACCUCCAUUUGUUUAAAAAUAUAUAGGGAUGUGGAAAGAGUGCAGGUAACUUUUUUCUUUGGUUUUUACUAUAUGUAUUUUGGCUGAUGUGUACUAUGGUCGUUGCUGCCGCCCAGGAGUAAUGGGAGUUUGAGCGCAAGACUUGUUUCUUUGUAUUUAUAUUACCAAGUUUAACUAGAACGUUAACGUGUGAAGAGAGAGAAAGACAAAAACAUUUUAUUUGAUUUGCUUGCUUUGUAGGACCUGAGGCCCCAAAAUGUGUUAAUUCGGAAGGAGAGCAAGCACCUGUCUUUCAAGUCUGUGCUUUAAUUUGCAAUAGCUAACGUUUGAAGAAAAAAAUUAAACAACAAAAUAGAAUACUUAAGUAGAUUUGUUCUCUAGCCAUAUUCCAGACAUUUUGUAAACAACCUCCUUUAGGGUGCAGUGAAGAUAAUGAUGUCUAGUCCUUCUACAAUCUAUUAACUAGUACCCACUUAUUCUAAGGAAGCUAAAAUAUGCAGAUCCAUACUCUGCAGAUAUUCUCUUUUAACAUAUUCUGUAAUGAGGUAGUUCCACAAAUUUUUACCUUGUUUUCUUGAAUCAGAUUGACCAAUGACUAUUUCCCGAUGCUCGUUAAAUCUUAAGAAAUGAAUAAGAACAAGAGUAAUAGUAAUUAAUUCUCUGGGGGCACUGAUCUAAUAAAACAGAAAGAGAAACACAGAGCAAAAACCAGCCAUUAGGAACCAUCUGACAAAAAGAGCUCCAGAAAGCAAUGAGAGAAGAGAGCAGAAAAAAAGAUAACAAUUUAUCAGCGUGAAGAAUGGCAAAUAAAAGAAACUCAGAGUUUGAAUUAUCCAGUGCCUGGGUUCAUUUUCUAUAUCCAGAAUAACAACAAAGAAACUGAAUAACAUUCUAUAGGUGAAAACCAAAAAUAAAAUACACACAGAGAAUCUGCAAUCAAACAUGUCUCUCCUAAAGUAGUUUCUUCAAAAGAAUUGGAAUGUUAAUGAAGUCAAACCUUGGGAAAAGUCCAUCUUGUGCAGAGAAACUUCCAAUAAAUCGUGUUUUCAUAAUUCUCCUGUAGUCUACAGGCAAUUCAGAAGAGGACAUUUCGCAAAACAUGUGGGAGUGAACAUAUGCUUUGAAAUGUAACAAUGAAUAUUCUAUAAUGCUUUUAUUUUAGUAGAACAGAGAAAAGAAAUGUAAUUGGGAGGAUGUGCGUGGGGCCCAAUACCUGCAACAUUUGUUCUGAGGUAUGUGCUGAAUUAACCAAGUCAGGGCAUGAGUAAAAAGAUUCAAUGACUUCUGGCCAUAAAUUCUAUGUAGCUGUUUAUUCCUAUCAUCCUAUCUGAAGGGCUUAAGGUGACGAUAGUCAAUAGUGUAUAACUCUUCCAUAUUGUCAAUACUUUAACAUUGAUAGUUUGCUCAAUGCUGAGGGUAAGAGGGUAAGAGGGUAUUUGUCUUGCCCUUGGUUUGGGGAUAAACGUAUGCAAACACAUAUGUUUAAGUAGCAGCCUAGCUUAAUGUAUAGAAAUCUGCUCACUUCAUUCAGGAGGGUGAAGGCUACACUCCUGUGGAAUAAUAUUGACACUUCAGACUUCCCUCUCAAUUCUUUUAACAGUAGAAUUGUAGGUAUGCGUGAAUGGAGAAGGAAGGUGCCCCUCUUUCUUUAAAAUUUACCUCCUGAACAAAGUAAUUAAAAGGACUCCAAAUUUCUAAAGUACUUUAACUUCCUGAAAAUAACACUUUUAUAAAGGGCCUUAUUAUACCUGCUGCCAGCAGACAACCGAUCCUGUUACCUGGUUGUUUAUCUCGGUGGAGUUAAAGUUAAGAGCCAGCAAUUGCUCAGAGCACCGACCUUGCAAAGACUUCUCAUUGAGCUGCAUUGGGAAGUCUGUGAUUGGACAGCCACAGAACAUCUGGGUGGAGUUUGAAUGGGAGGGCUUGCAAAGGCUGCAGACAAGAGAUCUGCAGCUUUUGCAAGCUGUUUUUAGCUAUAUCCCCAAUUAAAAAUAUGCAUAUGUAAAUUUUGUCAUUGGGAGUAUGUCUAAUAAACAGUGUUUGGGUGGGGGGUCCCCUUAAUAUCUUAUCUGCACAAAAUUCUAUCAGAGCUCUAAUUUGUUCUCUAAAAGGUGUUAAUUGGGUACGUGGGACAUUUUGAUGAAGGGAGUUGACUGGUAGAGGAAGUAGUAAAGGAAAAUAGAUACAAAAAAUUGUUACAAAGAGAGGAAAUAAAGACAUUUGAGGUUGGAUUAGGUGUAUUUAAACUUCCAGUGAUGGAAAGGGGCUGGUGUGUCCUAGUAUUGUGAUCGGUGACCAAGUCGCCAAUGUAAUACAUUUGAUUUAGGAUAAGAGAAUGUAAUGCAUUCUUGGUGGAUUUGCAACAAUUUCUAGUGACAAAAUCCUAAUUUUAGAAUUAAGUUCAUAUUCAAGUUUAAAGGGACACUAUAGGUUCCAAAACAACUUUAGCUUAAUAAAGUAGUUUUGGUGUAUAGAUCAUGCCCCUGCAGUGUCACUGCUCAAUCACUUUGUUUAUGCUGCCCUAGGCAAACUUCCCUGUAUGUUACUUACUCACUUCCUGUAGAAAGAGAUCUAAUUUGUAAACUACCUUUAUUGCACAAUCUGUUUUUCAUCUACACCAUCCUAUCUUCUGCAUUGUUAACAGCCUUCUAGAGCUUGCAUGAGUGUGUGUAUGUGAUUAAAGUUCAAUUUAAGAGCAGAAGAUGAAAAGUUAUAAAGCAAGUUAACAUCUGAUUGAAAAAAAACAGCCAGGGGAGGUGUAUCUAGGGCUGCAUAAACAGAAACAAACAUAAUUCAACUAAGGUGGCAGAGAAUUUAGCAGUGAGACUGCAGGGGCAUGAUCUACACACUCAAUCUGCUUCAUUAAGCUAAAGUUGUUUUGAUGGCUAUAGUGUCCCUUUAAGAGUAUUUAAUCCAAGAGUCCCCAAUAUUCUUGUAAUGCUCAUACCUCUGCUUCUGGACAUGUAGGAACAAAGAUAGUCAAUAUAUGAUGUUACCUCCAUCAAUAUACUGUAGAUCAGAAGUAACACAGGAAAAUGAAUUCUAUAAAAAGAACAACGUGCAGAGCUAUGGAUUCUAUGAUUCAAUUUUAUGUAGAGUUGACAGUUACCACAAAGGUAACUGAAUGUACCAUGUGUGGCAUUAUAAUCACAUCUAUUUUGUUUGAUUAUACAUGAAAUCUUGUUAAUGCAUUUCCAAUCAUAGGUUCUGACUUUCUGACUUUUUUUUAUUAUCAUAAACAUUGUAUGCUGUAAAAUGAUGAGUGUUCUUUAUAAAUGAUUAUCAACCUGUCAGAAUGAUAAUGAGACAAAUCAUACAAUAUAAUUGCCACUAUUCUAUAUUAUAGCAUUUUUCAUGCAAAAUAAUGCUAAAUGUAUAUUUAUCUAACGGUAAUGCGAUGUAAUGGCGUUUUCAAAGCUGAUAGCACUUCUCACAUUAAUUGAUACUUUCAGCAUGUAUCUGAAUACAAACAAUAUACAUACAUAAGGUGGAACUUCUUAAGUAGGAGUUCAGUGUAAAUCUGUAAUAGUAUAUAAAUGCAAAACAAUUGUGAAAUAUUGUUGAAACAAUUUAAAUAUAAUAUAUGAACAUUAGGAGUAUCACUCACAAGUCAAGAGCCAUUGAUCACAUAUGACACAAAUGGUAAGUGCCUGUGGACACUUUUAGGAUGUCCAAUUCCUUUUUUCUGGUUCUCUUUUCUGGAGCUCUCCCUGCUUGGCCGUCAAGAUGGUCAGUAUUUCACAAUAUGCCAGAUCCCAGAAGUGCAUACACAGGAUACCAGAGGUAUAUUCCAAAAAGGUGCUUUAUUCAUAAAGUUAUAAAAAUAAAGAAAUAAAACUUUAAAAACAAUUAUAGAUAUCAGGUAUAAUAUCCUGUGGUUGGCUAAGUAGUCCAGUAAGUCCUUUAUCUCUAAAUUCCUAUUAAUGGUCCAUCGUUGGUCUAACAAUGUAAACUUUAGCUUAAACUAGAUUUGUUUUGAGGGUUGUGCCAGUUUUGUUUCUUGGAAACAAACUAUCUCAUUUUAGAGAUUUUACAUAGUUAGUUACAUAGUUACAUAGGCUGAAACGAGACAUGCGUCCAUCAAGUUCAGCCUUUCUCACAUCUGUUUUUUGCUGUUGAUCCAAAAGAAGGCUAAAAAAACCCCACAAAAAACAGCUUGAAGCACUUCCAAUUUUGCAACAAACUAGGAAAAAAAUUCCUUCUUGACCCCAGAAUGGCAGUCAGAAUUAUCCUUGGAUCAAGAAGCCUUUACCCUACAGUUGAAAAAUUGUAUAGUUGAAUAUUAUGUUUUUGCAAGUAUGCAUCUAGUUGCUGUUUAAACAUCUGUACAGAUUCUGAUAAUACUACUUCUUAAGGCAGAGAAUCCACAUCUUUAUUGUUCUUACGGUAAAAAAAAAAAAACCUUUCCUUUGCCUUAGACUAAAUCUUCUUUCUUUCUGUCUAAACACAGGAUCUCGUGUCCUAUGAAAAAGCAUUUUAUAUAGAAGUGGUGCACAAUGCUUGAAAGGUUACUUUUCAUAAAUAAAAAAAGAAAAUAAUAUGUAUGUGAUGAAAAGCAGCAGUCUUGUUUCAGAUGAAGAUUACAAAUAUAGUGCAAGUGAUAAAUGGUUCUCCCAGUAUGAAACUAAAUGAAAAGAAGGGGCAACAUCAUUUACUCUACUCAUACAACGCUGAAGAAAUGCAUCUGAUCCCAGAGUUAAAACCCCUUAAGGACACAACUUCUGGAAUAAAAAGGAAUCAUGAUGGAACAUUUCCAUCGAGUGUCCUUAAGGGGUUAACAAUUUGCUGGUGCUGUGUGAUGACCAUUCUUCUGCAUACACAGAUACCUACAUAUAGACCUACAUAGAUAAUAUCAUACAACAGCAGCUGUGGAAUUGGAAAUAAAUAAUCAAAUAGAUAAAAAGGAAUAAUUAUUAUAACUUAUCUCAAAUCAGUUUCUCUUGGGACAGCUACUCCAAGGCUUGAAUGUAGCAUGCAGUAAAGUUUCUUGCUAUGGAUUUUCUGUAUCUGUUGGGAGCACAGAAAGAGUAUAUUAUUAAUACACUUUAUAGUUCAGAUGUUACAUCUAAAUCAUGAAUCAUUCCAAGUGGAUGUACACUCAUUUUUUCACAUAAUAAAUUAAGUGCCUUUCCUUUUUUGCUUCCUUUCUGGGUUAAUCCCCUUUCAGUUCUUGUCCUUUGCCAUUUGCUUGUAAUAAUAAUAAUAAUAAUAAUAAUAAUAUAAUAUAGUGCAAUAAUAAUUAUAUUAUUUUGUGCUUAGGCUUGUUUUUAAGAACUGGACAGCCAAUUUAGUCCUAGUUAAAACUUUUUUCAAUAAUAUAUAUAUAUAUAUAUAUAUAUAUACAGUCAGGUCCAUAAAUAUUGGGACAUCGACACAAUUCUAAUCUUUUUGGCUCUAUACACCAACACAAUGGGUUUGAAAUGAAACAAACCAGAUGUGUUUUAACUGCAGACUUUCAGCUUUAAUUUGAGGGUAUUUACAUCCAAAUCGGGUGAAUGGUGUAGGAAUUACAACAGUUUGUAUAUGUGCCUCCAACUUUUCAAGGGACCAAAAGUAAUGGGACAAUUGGCUGCUCAGCUGUUCCAUGGCCAGGUGUGUGUUAUUCCCUCAUUAUCCCAUUUACAAGGAGCAGAUAAAAGGUCCAGAGUUCAUUUAAAGUGUGCUAUUUGCAUUUGGAAUCUGUUGCUGUCAACUCUCAAUAUGAGAUCCAGAGAGCUGUCACUAUCAGUGAAGCAAGCCAUCAUUAGGCUGAAAAAACAAAACAAACUCAUCAGAGAGAUAGCAAAAACAUUAGGUGUGGCCAAAUCAACUGUUUGGAACAUCCUUAAAUAGAAAGAACACACGGGUGUGCUCAGCAACACCAAAAAGACCUGGAAGACCACAGAAAACAACUGUGGUGGAUGAACAAAGAAUUCUUUCCCUGGUGAAGGAAACACCCUUCACAAUAGUUGGCCAGAUCAAGAACACCCUCCAGGAGGUAGAUGUAUGUGUGUCAAAGUCAACAAUCAAGAGAAGACUUCACCAGAGUGAAUACAGAGGGUUCACCACAAGAUGUAAACCAUUGGUGAGCCUCAAAAACAGGAAGGCCAGAUUAAAGUUUGCCAAAAAACAUCUAAAAAAGCCUUCACAGUUCUGGAACAACAUCCUAUGGACAGAUGAGACCAAGAUCAACUUGUACCAGAGUGAUGGGAAGAGAAGAGUAUGGAGAAGGAAAGGAACUGCUCAUGAUCCAAAGCAAGCCACCUCAUCAGUGAAGCAUGGUGGUGGUGGUGUCAUGGCGUGGGCAUGUAUGGCUCCAAAUGGAACUAGUUCUCUUGUAAUUAUUGAUGAUGUGACUGUUGACAAAAGCAGCAGGAUGAAUUCUGAAGUGUUUCGGGAAAUAUUAUCUGCUCAUAUUCAGCCAAAUGCUUCAGAACUCAUUGGACGGCGCUUCACAGUGAGAAUGGACAAUGACCCGAAACAUACUGCAAAAGCAACCAAAGAGUUUUUUAAGGGAAAGACGUGGAAUGUUAUGCAAUGGCCAAGUCAAUCACCUGACCUGAAUCCGAUUGAGCAUGCAUUUCACUUGAUGAAGACAAAAUUGAAAGGAAAAUGCCCCAAGAACAAGCAGGAGCUAAAGACAGUUGCAGUAGAGGCCUGGCAGAGCAUCACCAGGGAUGAAACCCAGCAUCUGAUGAUGUCUAUGCGUUCCAGACUUCAGGCUGUAAUUGACUGCAAAGGAUUUGCAACCAUGUAUUAAAACGUGAAAGUUUGAUUUAUGACUGUUAAUCUGUCCCAUUACUUUUGGUCCCUUAAAAAAUGGGAGGGACAUAUACAAACUGUUGUAAUUUCUACAUCGUUCACCUGAUUUGGAUGUAAAUACCCUCAAAUUAAAGCUGAAAGUCUGCAGUUAAAGCACAUCUUGUUUGUUUCAUUUCAAACCCAUUGUGUUGGUGUAUAGAGCCAAAAAGAUUAGAAUUGUGUCGAUAUCCCAAUAUUUAUGGACCUGACUGUAUAUGAGAUUUAUAUUGAGUUACUUUUAAACUAUAUAUGUUAAUUUUAAAUUUCCUGACAGUCCUAGGGUACAUAAAGCUGUGCCCUUUAUACAUGAUAUAGCCUUGUAGCGGACGUGCUGGGCGCUAAAACAGUUAAGGGGAGUUUAAGUAUGCGUGGGAUAGGCAUAAGGUGACCUAGCUAUAAGAUAAAGGUGACAUGUAGUAAGGAUAUCACUUCCUGUUUGUAGUUUCUUAGUGCUGUUGGGGCUGAGACUGUGUGAAUAUGUUUGAUAAGGAAGUCUUUCUGGGAUGAAAAAUGUGGCUAAGGCUUAUGGAACAGAGUUCUGAAAAAUAUAUUUUUUUUGUGCAAAAACUAUAAUGAUUUGAUCAUGUAAAAAAUAUAGCAUAUUAAUGAGGCCAAAAUCUAUCAAAUGCAGUAAAAUUGUUUUGGUACACGGAAUGCCCCUUUAAAUAUAUAUGUGUGUGUGUGUGUGUGGCUGUGAUUGUGUGUGUUUAAUAAGUUCAUAAAAUGUUUUAGGAAGGACUGGAUAUGUUAAUUAUGAGAUCUCUUUGAGAUGUUAACUCACAAUUACAAGAAUAUAGAUUAGAAGUUAAAGUCUACCAUAGAUAACAUUAAAAAGUUAAUUAAUUAAAUGCAUCAUUAAACUUCAACUUAAGAAAUACAUUUGGACAUACAUUAAUUUAAUUCAAGUAUUGAUUGUCUUUUUUUUUUGUUCCAGUUGGAGAGAAGCCUGGUAAAUGCCCAGCAGAUACAGAUUUUGUAUGCAAAAACAAGAAAUGCAUCGAGCACCACCACAUCUGUGACUAUAAAGACGAUUGUGAAGAUCAGUCAGACGAGAAAGAUUGCAGUAUGUAAAGCUAUCACUGGACAAGCUCCAUAGCAUCUAUAAAAUGCCUUCUGUAUCUUUAUUUUAUUUAAUCACCAGAUACCUAUAAAUGGAAUACUGACAAAUGAACAUGACAGGGUACUGUUAUGUGCAGUGCUUUUGAAAGUAAAACACACAGACCAUAUACAGUUCUAAAUGCAUAUAAUAAAAUUGAACUACUCAGCAAGGCCAUCUGUUUCACAACUGUUGUCCUUUAUUACAUUCAGAAAGGUCCUGGAACCACUGUGCACUUUUUCUCUCUUUUCUAUUGAUAUUUGGAUGGAAGACGAGUAACUCUAAGUCUGCACCCUAAUCGAUAAUUCUACUAUUGAGUCUUGGCCUCCGUACUCCAUGAUGGUUUGUUCUUGAACACAAAUCAGGGUUAUAUGUAAAGUACAUCUUGGAAAAUUGCUCUUAUAGAAGAGCAAUUAGCAUUUAAAUUAUAUUGGAAUACAAAUUUCACCAAGAAGAAAUUGACCUCUAAAGUGUCACUGUCAUUUAUAAGGGUAUAUGCAUUUUGGUUUUUUUUUGCCAAUAAUACAGAUGGUGACACAGCUGUUUGGGGUGCAUAGCCCUGUGGGUUCAGUGUGGGUAAGUUAUACUUACCUGAAGUGUGUCCCCCGUGACCGCUGCUAUCUUUAAUUUUCAGUGCCUGGCACAUCAUCCACCGGUAGCCCACGUCAGUGCCGUACUCUUGUGCAUGUUUAAGAACGCAUCACUGAUGUCUACGGACGAUCACACAAGACUGAAAGAGACUCCAUAGAUAUUAAAUGAAACAGUGCUUAUUCUAACAGCCAUCGCUGGCAACAGUUAGGGGAAUUGACAGAGUUUGAUGGCGGUAGCUCGGCCUUUUGUCUUGAAUUGUCAAGCUUUUUUGUAAAACAAAGUUGUCCCUCACUUUAUCUUGUGAUAUCUUUUCAAUGACAUUCCAAACACACUCGAUACAAGCUUUUCAUAAAGAACGGCUAUUUAUGAAAUGCUCAAAAAAAGUAUGACAGAGCCACUUUAAAUGAUUAUUAUUAGGAUCUCAAAUAAAGAAUUGGUUCAAAGCUACUAUGUUCUCUAACUUUUGCAAUUCAUUUCUCAGUUUGCCAAAACACACAAAAAAAGGAUUACAUUUAAAAAAUACAUAUGACCCAUUGUGAGUGGGACACACACCGAACUUUAUUUACAUUAUUGCCUAUCAUUACAUUUCAUAUUGUAGCACAAACUGGACUAAAAUUCUGCAUUAUUACCAUGUGUUUAUAAUGUAACUAUUAGCAAAAAAGAAAUGAUGCAUAGCAGGUAAGCUUUUAAAAAAUUCAGGAUAUGGAAAAUUAAAAUUUUAAAUCAUGUUAUUUAUGAUUUUUACACUCUGUUGAAAAGCACUGAAGCAAGAACUAGAGUUAAAGAAUGGAAAUUCCUUUGUGAAAUUAAAUAAAUGCAUUAAGCCAGGAACCGCUAAUCCCAUAAUAGACUUAUAGGAAAUCGUACACAGUUUGAACAGCAGUAAAACUAAGAUGCUUGAGAGGGGAAGAGGAGAAGUUGAUUUAAGUAAAUUAAACAUUAAUCUUUCAGCCUUCAUAGUAAAGGAUUUUAGUGUAAAUUAAAAAGAACAUUCAGAAUAAUGGUCCCAAAAGCACUUUUUUGUCAUUAAUCAGUUUAGACCGUGAUUUAAAAAAUAAUAAUUUAAAUUAUUUUUGUGCAAUUUUUAUUCAGGCAAAUAUAGCAAUUUAUCUGGCAACUGCAAUUUCGAACACCUUGAUCAGAAAGGGAAUUUUAUAUGUGAUCUUACACAAGAUCAAAACGAUGAUUUUGACUGGACGUUGCAAAGGAAUAUUCCUAAAGGAAUAAACGCGGAUCACACACCAGGUAAGAAUCAUAUAUGUCUUUUUUGAACUUUAUUUAUUUAUUUAUUUAUUUUGUGGCUGCCUUACAUAGAGGCUCUGCUCCAGGUGCUGGAAAUAUCGUUAAAAAAAAAUUGUAAUUUACUGAAAGUGAAAGUGCAUAGUAAAUUUAUUCAAUAUUACCUUUGGUGAGCAAUUUUAUGCAUAAUACUCUCAUGUAAAAAAAAAGCAAAAACUGUUUUUAAAUUUUUUUAAAUAGAAAGCAUUAACGGAUCAAUUAAUCCUUGCCUAACUUCACAAUCUGUGAUUAUAUCUUAUAUAUGAGAACUUGGUGAGAUAGCUCAGUGGGCUAAUGCAUCAUCAGUAGAAACUCUUCAAUCCUUGAGUCACAUAUUCAAAUCCUGGCAGGGUUGACUCAGCCCUUCAUCCUUUCAUGGUAGAUGAAAUGAGUACCAUUAAAUUGGGUAAUAGAAACAACUCCUUCAUGUUGGGCUAACAUCCCCAGAACGUACUUGAAAACCAGAGUAAACUGAAUGUACUUUUCUAGGUUACUCUGUUAUUAUUAUAUUGUAUAUUACAUCCUGGUCAAUUAAAACAUUGUACGCGUUUGCACAAGACACCUAAUAAUAGAUAUAUCUGAUUCCCUUAAACCUUCAUGGAUUGUAAGCUUGUUUGAACAAGGCCUUCUUUACAUUUGAAAAUCCACUUGUCACGAUUCGGGGAACCCAACACGCUGGCACACACACACACACACAAAAGGUGCCGUACCGGACCUUAGAGUGGCCGGGCUAAGCACACACAGAAUAGUCAGGAAACAAGCCGAGUAAGGGGAGCCAGAAGACAGAAUAACGUGAAACGAGCCGAGGUCAAAGGGUAGGAGAAAGUCACAGAGUCAGAUAAACAAGCCAGAGAGUAUGUAACCAGAAGCACAAGGUAAGUAGCAAUACUAGAAAGCAAAGACCACAACAGGGCAGGGAGGAACAGGAAAGGUAAGUAUUUAAACCAUAAGGUUAAUUCUGAUUGGAUAAUUUCCAAUUAGAAUUAACAAUCACACGUGGGAGAUAUCUAGGCCUCCCACUGUGAUUGAGGCACUGUGCCUUUAACGCCGGGUCAGGUGACUGACCCCGGCGUGUACAAACUUGGGCGGUCUCCCAGCGUGCAGCGUCAUGUAUGCUGCCGCUGGGGGACGUGGAGGAAACGGCGGGCGGCACCCGAGGCUGGAAGGAUGCCGCUCGCCGGACCCAGGAGGAGGAGGGGACCGCGGACGGCUGGAGGGUGAGUACCGCGAGCGGAGUGCAGCCUCCCCUCGCAGCCGCCCGUGGGAUCCCGACACCACUUUUUAUAAUUUAAAGCAUUGCAGAAUAUGUUGGCGCUAUUUAAAUGCAAAUAAUAUUGUUAUUUUUAUUGUGUAUGUCUCUUCAAAGGUUGUGUAACAGCAUGCAAGGCUCCUCUUCUUCAUGUCCAUACACAUCACAAAGAACAGAAUGUAUUUGUGCUUUAUGUAUGUGGAUCACAUACUGGUGUCAGACCUUUAGAGUAGAACAUUAUUUGUCCUUGAGAUCUAAUUAGGUAGAUUUGAUUGUAAACCAUUUGAAUUUUGACAAAGCUAAGUUUUAUCUGUUUACUCACUAAAAAGUCAGAAUGUGCCCCAGGAUUUCAAAGCUGAAUACAUAUGGGAAAUUUACUAAGACAAAUGUAAUUUAAGAAGGAGAAUUGGCAUUGCAGUGGUAAAUACAGCAACAGCCCAGACAGUGGAGUUGAGUACAUUCUAGCAUCUAAAAUGGAAUUUAUCAAUUAGAAACAAAAGCAGUUCAGAAACAAACUGAAACUGAGCUUCCCAAAAAAAUAUUUUCUCUGGAUUCAUUUGAUUAGCCCUGAAAGUUCAAAGAAAAAUUCUCUGUCUUAUAAGGUUCCAAAAAAGAACAUUCUUUAUCUUACAUCUCCCUAAGUACUAAUUCCUAAAAAAAUAAAUCAACACUUGUGAUCAAGCAGGCAAUUAUCUAUAACAGGAGGAAAAUUAAAGGGCAGUUUUCCAGCGUUAGCUGAAGUAGUGAAAUCAGGAAUCCUACGGGAUCUGGAAAGUGUUAAAACACGUGACUCUGCCAGAGAGUUUAGUUCAACCACUCCACAUGCCUCAAUUUGCUAAUGUGUUUGAAACUGCUAGGAUAACGUUUGAUUAUUUUGACAAUCUUGAAAUAUUUUACAAUCACACUUGGGUUAGUAAAGCAUCAGACCACAUUUUCAUAACAACCCGGGCAGUACUUUAUAAAACAAUCAAGUCCUCCAUGAGUGGAGGACCCUUGUGUGUUACCAUGCACAUGGGUGUUGAUCACAUUUGGUGUACGUGUCACAUGAAGUGCCCUAAAACUUGGGAAGUAGAACCAGAUAAGGCAAAACCUUGGGAAGGUGCAAGCCACAUGGUCUCAGCAUCUAAAUGUUGGCAGGAAAGCAUGGUAAAGUGGGAAUUGGACACAAAUCAAUCAAUUUGUCAAUUUUAAUGAUAGCUUGUUACUGAUUAUUAAUAUUAUUUAUAAAGUGCCAAAAUAAAUUUUUUUAAAUUAUAUAUAGAAGGCAUAUGCCUGAAAUUGUGGGAGGGCUUAUUUUCCUAUUUAAACCCCCAGUAACCCAGCUUACCUAUCGUCGCCGUUUGGAAGUUCCUCUGUUCUGCUUCCGGUUCACAAAGCUCUGACGUCAUUUCCGCCUGCCAGCUGUCUGUAAGAACACAGCCUUCCAAAUGACUUUCAUACACUUCGUGAGUAUUAACAAAAACGAACGCAACCGUCGCACGAGCAGGCUUACUGGCAAAUUCUACUAACUGUAAGUAGUUCAUCUUCACGAACACCUUGGAUUUCGUAUGUUCAUUCAUACAAAUCAUUUCGUGGGAUUCCCCCGUUCGGUUACAUCUCCAGGCACUAUGACGGCACAAUUCGUAUUAAUUCAGUUUUCUAUUCGUUUAAAUGAAAUACUUGUUUUAGGCUCCUUCAUUCGUCCGCAUUCGAACAGCAUUUCGGGUAUUAAUUUGUGCCGUUUCCUAAAGCUUAUUCAGUACUGUUCACGCCAGUUUGUAUCAAUACCUCUGCUUAAAAAAUAGGCGCCAUCGCGUAACAAUUCAUAUCAAUUCAGUUCUCCGUUCGUUUAAAUUAAAUACUUGUUUUAAACUGUUUCAUUCGUCUGCAGUUUACAGACCAUCCUUAGUGAGGGUAAAGCAUUCGAACAGCAUUUCAGGUAUUAAUUCAUGCUGUUUUCCUAAGCCUUUUCAAAAAUGAUCAUGUCACUAAUAUGUGGGAAUAUGUUUACUAAAACUUCUGAACUGUUACAGGAAUUCUAGAUAGUUUCCUUAGGGUCUCUCCCUCCCAGUGUCUGUGUACACGGGCUGGAUUGUAUUUGGAUUGCAUUCACCAUUACAUGCUUCCCAUAUCCCAUGCUCCUGCAUCCUAUAAUCUGCAAAUAUAUAUAUAUAUAUAUAUAUAUAUCUUUAUCAGACUCAAGUGAGGUAUAGAAGGUUCCUUUUGUUAGUUUCUCUGCGCGAGUGCUGUCCCUUUAAGCGUGAAUGCUUAUAAAAGAUGCACCCUGCAAAACCCGUGCUGAUUUAUUUAUUUAUCCCUGCACUGGUUUUAUCCUUAAAAGAUCCAGGGAAACUAACAUAUGGGUGCCUUGCUAUAGAUUAAACGCAUUUGCGCCUCUAUAGUGUGGAAACUACUGUGAGAGUUUUAAGUUGUAUCUCAUUGUCUUGUAUCUGUCUGUGGGUACAUUGUGUCCUCUUUCACUUGUCCUGUCUGUAUUCUAAAUACCUGCCUGCCACCAAAGACUCCUUGCUAAAUCCCAGAGCACAGCUGGUCACCGUGCUACAUGCUGUCCUAUUUCCGCAUGGCAACCGACCAACUUCCAAAUAGCAACGGCUACACUUCCGGCCACCUCUCCAGCAUGUGGCUGGAUGGAAUCUUCCGCCCGCCUAGCGCGGUGGUAUGAUUCCCGCGUCCAGUUGCCAUGGCAGCAAAAGUCCGGAGUGAUGGCCCGCAGCAUGGCCCGGGUCUCUCAGGGCACUGACCCUGUGGGCAGCCUCAUUAUAUGUCAAGUACCUGGGCAAGGCCCCUCCCGACGACAAAAUAUUAUGUAUUGGUAUCUUUGUUUUACAUACAUCAUGUUACAAUACUGAUUUUUCAUAUCUAAAUACUGAACGAAUGGUAUCAAAUUAUUUACAUAUUUAGGUUAUUAGUUAUAUUAUUGUCAAUUCUUACGAAUACAUUUGGGAAGCGUCAGUUAAUCGUUAUACACCUUCCAUAGCAGCCAGUUGUUAAGACACGUAGCCGUUCAUGCACACACAAUGACCUGCAACAUACUACUGUUUCUCUUCUUUUACUUCCGUCAUUUCCGGCGGGCGGGAAUGACGUCAGAGCUUUGUGAACAGAAGCAGAACAGAGGAACUUCCAUACGGUUGUGAUUCUCUGUCUUUGAGACUCUGGCCACGGCUGUUGUGCUGUUGCAAGACUAAAUGUUAAUUGUCUCAUCAAUGAAAAAAAAAAUAUAUAUAUAUUUUUAAAUAACGUAUACUCACCAGGCCACGAUCUGGUACUUACGAGCCCCAAGGACCAUACACACAUACAUACAUAUACGCUUUCUAGGUCAUUCGUACUGACCACCGGUUUCCUCCAAUAUUUGUUUCAGGUAGUUUAUUCCUUACAUAUAUUGGGCUUCACGCUGCCUUUUACAUUUACACACUGUUUGUAUCGGACCAUCGAUAGGUUCUCAAUACGCAUACAUAUAGUGACUGCUUCCAGUCUUAUUCAUUACAGAAUAUACUAGUUAUUACUUGGUGACACGUUAGAGGCAUUUCAGUACAUUGAGUUAUAGAUUACCAGACCUUGACUCAUACUAUCGCAUAAUUAUCACGUCAAUUAUAUAAUACAAUGUAGGUUAAAGCAUUAGCAAGUCUAAUUAAAAACAGGGUAAACCAGAAUCCCACUUGUUUCAUAUCAAACAUCAAGGCAUCACCUGGCCUUCAUUAUGACCAAAACGAAUACAUUUCAAUUCCUUGACAGCUAAUAGGGACUUGUCUCUGCACACUUGACAUUCGCAAAGUUCUCCAUGCGCGUUCAAUCAUUUGUUACGCUAUUUAAUAUUACAUAUGUUAUUUACGUUUCAAAAAAUCCAUCAGGAUUAACUUUCGGUCAUGCUAUCUGUUUCUGUCUAAGAAGUUACACCUAUAGGCAUCUUAUAAUACAGACUAUUACGAUCCCAAGCCUAUGAAAUAAACGGUCACAAGGGUAGCUAUUUUACGACACAUAUCAUCUUUAAGUUUAAACCUCAAUCAAAGCUCCUUUUCAGAUUCUUAUCUUAAGAGCACACAUAUUUCCCCUACUAUUAGUCACUGUAUUGUAAUUCUAGUUUCACAUCACAUCCGGUAGUUUUGUCAAAUGCCUUUUCCAGUCCUAUUUCUCUAUCUAUCCACUUUGCUCAUGCAUAUACGGUUAUGUUAGCGCUCACACACAAAAAACAAGCCCUGCCAAGGGUGAGAAGAACUGACCUUAGUCAAAUAUUGCACAAGGCCAACUACUCACCUCAACAAGGAGGUUCCGCCCAAUGGCCCAACUCAGAGCUAGCGCCUCGCCUACUCUUCUGCAGGGUCUUAGGUAGGGCCUCACAUGUCACAGACACAAGUAUCGUCUCUUUUACCACCACCAAGAGGUCAACACCCGCUACAACACAAAGUAGCUACAAGUCCACACGGCCCAAAUCAAAGGUAGAGCCUCUCACAGUCACUGGACAAAUAGCAGGGACUCAUCUCUCACUGGUUAGUCAAUAUCUUCGCUUGUCAGUACUCGUUAACAAACAAACUCCACACAAGCGAUAUUUCAAUUGGAAUCAAAGUUCUGCAUGGUUAAAAUUUGUAUAUUUUUCUCUCUCCUUCCUUCCUUACAGGAUGCUACAAGUAGUAACUCCAGGUGACAUUUUAUCUUUAACAGACACUCUAACUCUGUCGUCCCAGGUCCCCUGCAAUAUCCCCUGCCCUGACCACUCCUAAUCCCUUGAAGUCUGGCCUUGCUGAAAGGUAAUGGCUGAGCUUAAAGUACAUUCAGCCCAGAGAUCCUCUACAAAAAAAACAAAAAAACCCACUAAUCAUGCCUUAAGUUAGUUUGAUCAAUUACGCAGGUAAGUUUGUCUACCAAUACUAAGGCAACUUACCCUAAAGCUUACGAUAUGUGUGAGACUUGUAUAUAAUUCAAUACAAAAGCAUUCCAAUUGUAAAUGGUUGCUUGCACCAAUUUUUGCCACUUCUCUUUGAAACUAACCUACAAUACAAUUGAAACUAUACUUACAAGAUUUAACAUUACAUAUAGACAAUAUACCCAACAGCUCCCUAUUGGUUUUCUUAUUCAGUAAAAGGUGCUAACUGGUGUCAGAGAUCAAAAACUCCACAAAUCAUCCAAUUCACUCCCUAGGGACAGUAACCUUAGGGGAAGUCUUCAAAUUAAAAAUUAAAAGUCCCUUUAAUAACCCCACUAACAUAGUAAUUAAGUCAGCAACUUACUUGGCUUUCAACGGUCUUGAGACCAUAAGAUAGUAUUUUACUGUCGGAAAGAAUUCAACCUUCACUCAUACGUCAAGAGUUCAAGAAUCAACGAACAUUACAUUAUAUCUACUCCUCAUACCAAACAUUUCAAUCAGGUAUUUUAGAUUGUGCCCGGUUCAAACUUUAUACUCAUAAUCAUAGACCAGAUUAGCCAGGUCCCUAGCUACCCAUUACUUUCUCUAAUAACUAUAUUUGUUACUUUAGUACUCCACCGAGUCUUUAAUCCUUCCCUCUAUUCGGACCACUCAUUUCAUACAACAGCAGCCUCUAAUGGACAGGUUGCGUCAAUACAUUAUUAGAAUUAUGGCACGUUGGAUAACAAUAAGAACAUUUCUAACCCAGGACGGAAAUCAAACCUCCGGUCGAUAAUGUAAAUUAACAAUUGCUAAUUGUGGGAAAUUAAUAUUGUCAUAUACUUUUGCCCUCUUUUACAGGCCUAACCUCUCGUUGGUUUCGGCACACCUCAACCGACUUUGGCCUUAUCGAACUACAUAUUUUAAUUGUACAUCCUCUGAUUACCCCGUACACAAAUAAUAUAUAUGAGUGUGUGCACUUAAAGAAUAAGCAUUAAAUUACAAUGUAACAAACACAUUGUCAAAAGUGCAAAAAAGUACUUAGUUAUAAAGACACAGUCAUCUUGAAAAAAUCUUGGUCAUGAAAUAGUUAAAUGAGUUACAGUUUUAGUAAAUUAUGAAACGCAUGACACAAAAUGCGUUAAAAAGCAAGUCAUACUAUGAUAUUGUGAUCACGAACAAUAUUUAUUUUUUGUAAAAUUUUGAAACCAAAAAUUAUAAAUUGUUUCAAUGCUGAGAUUUUUACCUACUUUUUGAACUGGCAGGUAUGAAUAAAAGAUUCAUUGCAUAAGGAUGCAAUGGACUUUGGAAGGGAAUUUCUUUUUAGUCUAAAUUACGAAGUUACUACAUUCUGUUACAAUAUAUAAUUUAGUGAACAAUCCUAGUUGACAAUUUUGGAAUAUUUCCAGUCUAUCAAAAUGAGCUGUUAGAAUCUAUACACUGAUUACUGUCCCUUGCUGUUUCUUUCUGAAUGUUUUCUGAGCCUGCUGCUGACUUCUCAGUUCUGAUGUUGUGGCACUCAUUCCAUACUCCGUGAAGUUGAUUAUAUCUAUACUUUAGGAAAGCAUUAGAAGCAAAUUACUUUUUUUUUCACGAUUUUAAAAGCAUAUAGGCGAUUUAAAAAUCAUUACAAAAAUAUAAUAGAAAAAAAGUGAUGUUCUGUUGGUGUAUAAUGAAGAUACUAGAAAAUGCUGUAGUUUUCAGGGAAUGAUAAAAAAGAAGAAAUUGUCUAAUGCCACAAUGCGGAGAAGUCAAUAAUCACCAUUUUAUCAUGCUAAUUGUAAAUAGUCCUUCAAAGAAUUGCCUUGCUUUGAAGUUUAGGAGAUUCAGAAAUACAACAGAAGUAGUGUCUUUAAAUAAUGACAUUUAUUGAAUACAUUGAUGUUUGGCGUUGGUAAUGAUACCAUUAUAAAUAGUAACUGGAAGAAUGUUUCAGUACUUUGGUUGAAGAUUCUUUUUUUUUUUUUGCUUCAACCACAAUUCGACUUUUACAAAAAGAUUGCAAAAAUUGUUCUCAGAAUGAAUAUGAAACACAAUAAUAUGUGUGGCAUUUUUUUAUUAAGGGAUAUACUGUUUAAAAGAUUAGCUCAUCUGUUGUAUCAAGGGCCUCCUGAUGCUACUUACAAAUCUCUUGUAGCUGCGUCUCGAAUAACAGAACAGCAGUGUUUUGUAAUAUGAUUGUAGAUUAUCCUACCCUCCAAGGUGGAAAAGAAACAUUCAAGCAGAGUGUAAAGGUGGUUUAUAAAUUACUUUAAUAAGCACAGAUGGGCAAGACAUUGGGUGAUCCUUUCUGAUAAAGGAUUAAUGUUACAGCUAAAAAAGUAUUAUCUUGUCUGACUUGUUCCGGAGGUAAUGCCAACUUCAAAAAGAUUUGGCCAAUUUUCAUUGUUUUUGUGGAUGAAAUAUUGUUGGGGCUCUUUUUUCCAAACAGUGAGUUGACGUGUAUUGGCAAAAUACUUGAAAAAUCUACACCAAAAGUUCAGAGCUACAAAAUAUAUAAUAUAAAGUUGCCAUUGUUUUACAACAAAGAUGUUUCAGUCCACAUAGUGAGUUAAAAGUUAACAACACAUUAGAAACCUCACAAAUAUAUACAAGAUGUAAAUGAACUCUAGAUGUCAGUUUUUAAGAUGGUGGCACUCCUCUGACAACAAUAGAGGGACAUUGGAAUAUAAAUGGAGGUUGGGAUAGCUUAUGAAUGGUAGGAUCAGAAGAAUGUCAUAGAGGUGGGUCACCUCACCAUGCAGAAAUUAGGUCAAAAUCAUAGAAUAGGGCAUAGUGUGUAUUUCUGGUCUUUAGAGUGGUUGGGUUAAUGCAAGAUUGUAGGGAAUAUUCGUAAAUGGAAGCAAGCCAAGGUCAGAAUUGCAAAGAUAUAGAGAAAUGAGAAAACUAGCCAAAGUUACUUUAGAUACUCAGAAUCAAUUAAACAAGUCAUGGUCUAUACCAGAAGUCAGAAAUAUAUGAAAACUGCGCUAAUGGAGUCACAAUGGAAACCACAACAGGGCAAGGAUCGUAGGGCAAAAACACUAUUUAAAUAAUUAGAUGCACUUUAACUGGUCCACGUCCCUCGUGCAACACCAAAAAGUACAAUAAUGAUGUUGUAGGCAUGAUACGGGCCAGUUAGAACUGGAAGUGAUAUUCCAUGCAUGAUUUUCAUUAAAAGACAAAUAGAAGCAUGCCAGCAUUUGAGAGGGGAAACAUAAAGUGCCUUGGCAUUCAAAGAAGGAAGGUAAAUAGAAUAUGGCAGUGGGGCAGUGGAUAAGGCAGACUGGCUAGGGAAAAAAUAUGAGACUGGAUUGAGGGAAUAGAGAUUGUGAUGGUGGGGAGACUGGUUGAAUUGUGGAGUGGUAAACAGAAUUGGGAGUGGUAGGGCCCAGAAGCUGUGGCAAAUUCAGGACAAGGUGAUCCAGUUAAAACAUGUAUUUAUUAUUACAUUUAUUAUGCAAAGCAACAUUUUAAACUCCAUUUUCACUCCAUUUAGAGUAUUGUAAAUUUGAGCAAGGCAUCACUAUGCUUUCUGUUGCGACACUGAAAGUUUAACAUGGUGCUACUCACUAGAGAGUUCAUGUGCCUGGUAUUACCAUCUAUAAAAUGGCUCACCAUGUGUAAUGAAGUCCAUGGCUCCCAUGGAGUGGUUUUACUAAGAUUGGAAGCCUUUACUUUUUGCUAUUGACAGUGAAUUACACCAACAACUCAAUGGAAUAUUGUUUACAACUUUUGUCCAACACCAAAAAAAUAAGAGCUUUGGGUUAAAAUCAAUCAUAUAGUCCUUGGUAUUAAAAGUCAUGUUGUCUGACCCUUUGAAGCACGUUUACAUAAUCUAAUCUUACUUGAGAUAUUCUAGACCUAGAUUUUUUCCACAGUUUCCGCACACUGUGAGCCUUCCUAUUCCUCUAGUGAUAUUAAAUUUAUUCACAACUUCCCAUGCUCAAAGCUUUAAACAAAAAUGUAUCUUCCUUUUUCUGUGGACCCCUUAUAACAGAUUUAAUUUCAUUCUGAGUAUCCAAAAUAUAUUCUUCCCAACAAGCACUGACAUCAAACUCUGAAGAGACACUAUAGUCACCAACCUUAGCUUAAUGAAGCAGUUUUGGUGUAUAGAUCAUAUCCCUGCAGUCUCGCUGAUCAAUUCUCUGCCUUUUACCAGUUAAAUCACUUUGUUUUGCAGCCCAAGGCACACCUCCCUGCAUGUGACUUACAAAUCCUUCCUAAAUACUUCCUGUAAAGAGUCAUCUAAUGUUUACACUUCCUUUAUUGCAAAUUAUGUUUAAUUCAGAAUUUCUUAUCUCCUUCUCUGUCUAGAAACUUCAUAAUUAAAGUUCAAUUUACAGAGCAGGAGAUAACCAUUUUUAAAGUAAGUUACACCUGACUGAAAAUUAAACCAUUGUGUUCUAGCGCAGUUUGUGUCAGUCACAGACAGGAAGGUGUGGCUAGAGCUGCAUACACUGAAACAAAAGUGAUUUAACUAAGAAAUGGCAGUGAAUUGAGCAGUGAGAACUCAAAAGCAUUAUCUACAGUCAGGUCCAUAAAUAUUGGGACAUCUACACAAUUCUAAUCUUUUUGUCUCUAUACACCAACACAAUGGGUUUGAAAUGAAACAAACCAGAUGUGUUUUAACUGCAGACUUUCAGCUUUAAUUUGAGGGUAUUUACAUCCAAAUCGGGUGAACGGUGUAGGAAUUACAACAGUUUGUAUAUGUGCCUCCAACUUUUCAAGGGACCAAAAGUAAUGGGACAAUUGGCUGCUCAGCUGUUCCAUGGCCAGGUGUGUGUUAUUCCCUCAUUAUCCCAUUUACAAGGAGCAGAUAAAAGGUCCAGAGUUCAUUUCAAUUGUGCUAUUUGCAUUUGGAAUCUGUUGCUGUCAACUCUCAAUAUGAGAUCCAGAGAGCUGUCACUAUCAGUGAAGCAAGCCAUCAUUAGGCUGAAAAAACAAAACAAACCCAUCAGAGAGAUAGCAAAAACAUUAGGUGUGGCCAAAUCAACUGUUUGGAACAUCCUUAAAAAGAAAGAACACACGGGUGUGCUCAGCAACACCAAAAAGACCCGGAAGACCACGGAAAACAACUGUGGUGGAUGACCAAAGAAUUCUUUCCCUGGUAAAGAAAACACCUUUCACAAUAGUUGGCCAGAUCAAGAACACUCUCCAGGAGGUAGAUGUAUGUGUGUCAAAGUCAACAAUCAAGAGGAGACUUCACCAGAGUGAAUACAGAGGGUUCACCACAAGAUGUAAACCAUUGGUGAGCCUCAAAAACAGGAAGGCCAGAUUAAAGUUUGCCAAACAACAUCUAAAGAAGCCUUCACAGUUCUGGAACAACAUCCUAUGGACAGAUGAGACCAAGAUCAACUUGUACCAAAGUGAUGGGAAGAGAAGAGUAUGGAGAAGGAAAGGAGCUGCUCAUGAUCCAAAGCAAGCCACCUUAUCAGUGAAGCAUGGUGGUGGUGGUGUCAUGGCAUGGGCAUGUAUGGCUGCCAAUGGAACUAGUUCUCUUGUAAUUAUUGAUGAUGUGACUGUUGACAAAAGCAGCAGGAUGAAUUCUGAAGUGUUUCGGGAAAUAUUAUCUGCUCAUAUUCAGCCAAAUGCUUCAGAACUCAUUGGACGGCGCUUCACAGUGAGAAUGGACAAUGACCCGAAACAUACUGCAAAAGCAACCAAAUAGUUUUUUAAGGGAAAGAAGUGGAAUGUUAUGCAAUGGCCAAGUCAAUCACCUGACCUGAAUCCGAUUGAGCAUGCAUUUCACUUGAUGAAGACAAAAUUGUAGGGAAAAUGCCCCAAGAACAAGCAGGAGCUAAGGACAGUUGCAGUAGAGUCCCGGCAGAGCAUCACCAGGGAUGAAACCCAGCAUCUGAUGAUGUCUAUGCGUUCCAGACUUCAGGCUGUAAUUGACUGCAAAGGAUUUGCAACCAUGUAUUAAAAAGUGAAAGUUUGAUUUAUGACUGUUAAUCUGUCCCAUUACUUUUGGUCCCUUAAAAAAUGGGAGGCACAUAUACAAACUGUUGUAAUUCCUACAUCGUUCACCUGAUUUGGAUGUAAAUACCCUCAAAUUAAAGCUGAAAGUCUGCAGUUAAAGCACAUCUUGAUUGUUUCAUUUCAAACCCAUUGUGUUGGUGUAUAGAGCCAAAAAGAUUAGAAUUGUGUCGAUGUCCCAAUAUUUAUGGACCUGACUGUAUACACCAAAACUGCUUAAUUACGCUAAAGUUGUUUUGGUGACUAUAGUGUCCCUUUAAUGCAACAAUUAUUUUGUAAAUGAAAAUCCCCUACUAAAUAAAGCAAAUUCCUGAAAUUAAAAAGAUAAUGUGUAGUACUUGGACAGCUAAAAUAUAUCCCUUUGGGAUGUACUCCAUCAUACAAAGUAGUCUAAUUUACAAGAUUCUCAAACAACAUUUAAUUUAUGUCUCAAUUAUUUUCUAUGUGUUAUUUACUAAUAUUUAAUACCUUGUUUUGUUUUAAGGAGGUGGGCUUAAUUUCCUGUAUGCCAAUUCAUCUAGGCAGCAAGAAGGGGACUCUGCACGAAUAUUCACAACAAACCUUUUCAAUGCAACUGAAGAGCACUGUAGAGUGCGCUUUUGGUAUUAUUUAGAUGGACCUCCAGAGUCGGGAAUACUGAAGGUACUGUGUGCAAAUUAGAAAGACAUCAUUUUCUUUCAUAUAAAGAUGAUAAGUUUGUGAGUUAAAAUGCCCUUUAUUAUACAGAAGGAGGUUAUACUGGUGUUCCACUUUAUCCCAGCAGGAAUGAUCUCUAAGAAGAACACAUUAUUUUUCAUAAAAAAAAGAAGCAUGCAAUUUAGGUGUUCUUGGGUGGUUGAAAGCUCUUUUUACUGAGCGGAGUAGUAUUUUUCGUAAAGCUAGAAACAUAACCUUUGAUUUUUUUUUUUUUUUUUAAUUACAUAGAAACAUAGAAUGUGACGGCAGAUAAGAACCAUUCGGCCCAUCUAGUCUGCACAAUUUUCUAAAUACUUUCAUUACUCCCUGGCCUUAUCAUAUAUCUAGAAUAACCUCUUGCCCAUCCCAUGCAUGCUUAAACUCCUUUGCUGUGUUAACCUCUACCACAUCAGCUGGAAGACUAUUCCAUGCAUCCACUACCAUUCAUCAAAGGUUAUGUUGCUAUCUUCACAAAAAAUACUCCCACGCUCAGUAAAAAGAGCUUUCAGCCACCCAAGAACACCUAAAUUACAUGAAACAUUGAUUAUUUCUUAGUGAAACUAUCAUAUUUUUGACAAGUUCCACUGUUUCCAUUUAUUAUUCUAGAAGUAAAAUAAUAGCAUUCAAAAUAUAUAUUUUUUUAUUAGUAGUUGCAGUUUUCACACCUGAGGCCAUAGGCAUUCUCAUUUUAAUUUAAUUUCAAAGACCUCACUUGGGUCAGCUACUUCAUCUCACGACCUGCUUUCUUGGAUGCACGUCAACUGAAAGUGUUGCAAAUGUACAGGGCUUCCGAUGUGUGUGCUGGUAAAAUAUAUGAUACUAGAUUCUAGUAAUUUUUUGCUGCCAUGGUACAGCUUAAAGAGUGAUAUUGAAGAAAUAAUGAGAAGAGUAAUAUACUUAGGGGCUUUUGAACUAAGUUCUAGUCAUCUGUCUCUUAAAUGAACACUAUAGGAUCAGGAAUAGAAAAGUGUAUUCCUGACCUUAUAGUGUUAGAAAACCAUUUUAGGCCCAAGAUCCCUGUUGCCCCCCUUGCCUCUUUUAAAAAGAACAGCUAUGUGAGGGUCUGCCGGUGUUGGCUCCCCCUCCGCUCCAGUUCCUAGGCUAAAUGAGUUUAAAACAGGCUAGUGAUAUACAUUAAAACAAGUUAGAAAAAAAUAUCUUAAAAAAAUCUCAAUCUAUCGAUCUUUUGAUUAAUGGUUUAUUUUUACUACAGCGAGCCAAAGUCACUGUCUUUCAUAACACCUCUCGUGAGUCUCAACCUUUUUCACAAUUGUCAUAACGUAUUGACUUGUUCCGUAGUUAUUGUCUAUGUUUGUUCAAGUAUUUGCUGUUUACCAUCACAUUAACGUGUCAGUAAUGCGCGAGAAAGUGACAAAAUGGAUUGUGCAGCCUUUUGCCUUCUGCGACUUUUCAAAGUCAUCCAUAUUUUUAUGAUUGGUUUGCAUGCGGCAUGAAGGGUAUCCUUUAUCGCAAGACUGAUUGUUUUUUUCAUCAGCAUAAUUUGUUGUCUGGUUGAAGGCAGCUAUGCCAUCAAUCAGAAUAUGCUGUUACACGUACUCAAGAUAAUGGUAAGCCACAUAACGUGUUAUUAGUUUCUGUUAUGCAUUAAUUUAAGUGUUUAUGUGAGAGACUAUAUUACUGUGUAUAAAAUCUCCAUCUCCUAGACACACGCUUACACACACACACACACACAGACACACACACACACACAAACACUGGAUAGUAUAUAUAAACAAAAUAAUAGUAAUAACUGGUGAGAUAGCUUAGUAGGUUGAUGAGCAAAUUAUAGGAGCUGUUCUACAAUUCUACCGGAUGUAGGUUUUUACAAAUUACAUUUAUUUCCAGGACUUACUUGAAAUUGAUAAAAGAAAAAAUAAUUGCAUCUUUCUUGUUAGGUAAUUUUGAUUAUAUGCAGUAAGACUCAGUAGCCUGUCAUUUUGGGCGCCAAUUUUACCAAUUUUUUUUCUUUUUCUCUUCCAUUUGUCUGCAUACCCCAUUCACUAUCCUUACACCAUUAUAGGACCUACCACAAGUUGUAUGUGUACAGGUGUUUUUUUUAUGCAUGUAGCGUAAAUUCUGUUUGUUCACAAUCAAACCAAUAGGAUUAUUUUCCACAAAUGCUUUUGUUUUUCUUUGUAUAUGUCUUCAUAUAUGCUACUGCUUUAUUAGACUGAGAACAAGGGCAUAUUUAUGUUACAUUAUAAAAUUGAUACAAAAAUACAUGAUAUUCCAAUGUAUUUUAUUCUUGACAGGUACAUAUGGAUAACAGUUAUGGAUUAAAUAUUCUUUUAUGGUCGAAGACUGAGAGCAAAAGAAAGAGUUGGAUGUAUGCUAGUGUAAUCCUUUCUAACAGUAAUCCGUUCAGAGUGGUGUUUGAAGCUCAAGUAGGGAGGGAUAGAUAUACAGGAAUUGCUAUUGAUGAUAUCACCUUUACACCAGAGUGUUACUUUGGAGGUAAGUUUUUUUAACUUUUAAAAAAAAAUUUUUUAUUGGUUUAUUUUGUUUUGUAUUGUACUAAUUUUCCUAUCCAGGUCAGUAAACAUUCUGUAUACUCGCUUUUUAACAUGCAGCGUUAAAUGGUUACUCCAAGCACCAUGACCUCUUAGGUGAUGUGAAGUUGUCAUGGUGAUUGGAGUCUGUAUGUUCAGCACUUUGCUAUGAAAUUAUGCACAUACAGAGUUUAACCUCUUUGCAGUUGGAGUGGUAACUCCUCCUCCGGCAGCGUUACUGGCGUUAUUGGGGCAUCAUUAGCCAGCCUGGAGCAAAAGUUCCAGGCUGCCUAAUGUCAAUUUUGUGCAUAUUUCUAUGCACAGAGUAUCAUUAAUUGGCUGAGACCAGUCAGCUGACACUUUCAGCCAACGAAUGGCUGACCAAAUCAGUGAUCCGGAUUCUGCAGAAGGCACAUGUGCGUCAAGCAUCAAGAUCCAGGUAAUAGGUCAAACCACUGGAAAACAGUUUGGUCCCAUCAUACCACCAGGGACCAUAACCACUAGGGUGGACUGUACUGAUUAUGAUACUUGGAGUUACCUUUUAAUCUAUCCUAUUCUGAUUACUCCACCACAUCUAUUUUCCUUACUUCUAAUAAGUAAAUUAGAGAUUUUAUUUGUGAUAUUCUUUUUACUGCUUUUAAAAAGGAUUAGAGCAUGGUAGGCUACUGGCCUUGAAAAAUUAAAAUUUUGUUUUGCAUUAAUUUGUGCAUCCAAGCUGUUUUUGUAGCCUGUAAGUGAGGGAGCUGUAUUCCCUGUGAAAUUUGGGCUUUGUAUUGAUCACUGAUAAAACUAUUUUCAGAAUCUUUAUCAGGGCUGAUAAAAUAGAGCCCCAUGAGACAAAAUGAGUAACAAAGUAAUGAUGUCCGUGAUCUUUCUGUUAUCUCAUAAUGUAGCACUAUUAUUAACCUAGUUUAAAAGGACAUUAAUUCAAAUAUACUCCAGUCCUUUCUUCUUUUAUAAUUUGUUUCAAAAGGAAAGUUAAAGCUUAAGCAAAAUCAAAUGAAAAUGUUCUAGAGCAUCUUUAUAUAUAGCAAAUUGUGUUUCUUUGGUGGAGUGAAGCAUAAUGGUUUUGAUGUAUCGUGUCAACAAAUGGAAUAAAAAAACAGCACGUUGAUAAGAUCACCAAAAAUUGCUGCCCCGUACAUUGUAAAUUAUGUAUUUUUAUUAAAUAAUUUAAAGGAACACUCUAUGAAUGAUAACCUAUACAGCUUGCAGAAUGUUUAGAUGUUUAGUUUUGUCUCUCUUGGGUCAAUUCCAACCAGAUUGGAAAUUCUCAUCUGUGCUAAAGUCAAUUCUGAAUGUGCACCAUUUGGAGAGAUGAAUUUGGGGUCAACUUUAAAAGUGGUGGUUUUCACAUGCAAUCCCUGUGGUAUCUGGAAUAUUUACAAAACAUUGACUUUAAACAAAUCUGGACCAAAUGCAUCCAGCAGGAUACACUUUCGAAAAUUAUCAUUCACUUUCUUUUUGCAAGCAAACCAUAAUUAUAAAUACUAUUUUCACUAAAAGUGAGCAAAGAAAUAGCUGAUAAAACACUUGGCGAUGUGAGGCUUAUCAAUGUGGAGGCAGGACAGUUCCUGCUAGGCGGCACAUUUAAAGGUAAAAAGAAAAAAAAUCCCAUUCAUCACAGGAAUAAUGACGGAAAAAUACCCCGCAAAUCACAAAAAUAACGACGGAAAAAUAAACUGCACUCCGAUUGGUUAGCUUUUAAACCCUGCGUCAAAUUUCAAAGAAUUGGAAGGAAUUUACGAAGGCCUAUCCCAUCUUGAAAUGUCAGAUUUGCAUGUUUAACCCUCAUGUUACCAAUGUUUUUUUUUACCACCGGGCAAAUAGUUCAGAUUUUAAUAAGCUGUGUUUGGAUUUCCAUCAGCCGGCUGUGUUCAGUUUGGGUGAAAUAAAGAAUAAAUGUAGGCGCAUUUGGGGCCACUUGUUUGACUGGUGCUAUAAAGAGUGCUGAUUGCAAACUCUGGUGUUAGUUUUAAUUGGGUGACUAAAAACACACAGCAGUUAUAACCUCAUCUCAUUAAAACCCCCUUCUGCUAAUUGUAAGUGUGGGAUUUCAGAGUAAGCUGUCAUCUCCUUGCCUGUAUAGGUCACGCACAGUGCUAAUCAAUUUCAUGUUCACUGAAAGGAGGGAAUGUCAAACUAUUUCCCUCUCUAUUACACAAUACAGGAGGUUAUGGAAGUGCUGUUUAGGAAUGUGUGUAAGUUUUGAGCAAGAAAGGAAAUGAGACCUGGCACAGUGAUCAAACAAAUGUCCACUGAUUGUAGAAAUUAAAAGGAUCAUCCAGUGCUGGUGCAGUGGCUUGCGGUAGUCCAACAGGUGGACUAUUGUGAGUGGGCAAAUAAUUUACAGUAAGGGGGCCUGGAGGACAAGACAAAUUGGCUGACAUACAUACAACAAUAGAGACAGACAGAUAUGUAGCACUGUACUCACUGUGGGUCUGCUUGUGUGACUCAUCUUUGUCUUCAACAAGCUGCAUGACUUUAGCAUGUAAAAGAAAAUAUUUUAUCACGCAAAUAAAAUACAGCAUGUUAAUCGGGCCAAAAUCAAACGCAUUAAAUUUGUGUCUGUGCCCAGAGUAUACCUUUAUGGAAUAUAUUUGAUUUUAUAUAUAGAAAGUUAAAUAUUGUGAAAGGCACAGAAUACAAUUCUUGCUUUUUUUUGCAUAAUAUAUAUUUUUAAAAAUUGCUUAUGAUUGACAUUUAAGAACAUAUCAAUCCAUGCAUCUAUCCAUCCAUCUAUCGAAUUGCUUUUAAAGAUUUAAUAACUAAUACUGUAGAUCAGAGAUAGGCAACCUCUGUCACUUCACAAGCUGAGAUCUACAUCUCACAUAAUGCUUGUACAGUUGUAAUGUUGGCAAAGCAUCAGGGGAGAUGUAGUCCAUAACAUCUGGAGUGCCGAAGAUUGCCUACCUCGGCUGUAGGUGAAUAGAGUCCAUAAGGUAUAAAUUGUGGCUGAAAUCUUUGACAGCUCAUGUCGCCAUAUAUAACGCUAUUCAAAUUCCUAUUUUAUUCUGCUGUGUUUAUUGUCAUUUUUAUAUUUUUUAAUACUAAUGCAUUUAAAUGAAUCGCGCAAUAAUCCAGUGUUGACAUUUGAUUUGCUAAUAAAAUAAAUUCAUUUUUUGUAGAUUUACAACUUACAUUCAAUUUUCUGUCAUUAUUUAAAUUCAGUUUGUUAGUAUUCCAUGGACAUAUGUAUGAAUAAUGAACUUAAUUUGUGAACUCUCCUGAAAGUAGCAGGAGACACUGCAUGUCAGAAGAGGCAAUGGGCAAUUUUAAAACCAAUUAGAUUUUCAUGUAUUAAACUAUUGGAUGUAUGCAAUUUAUUCAAUGCAAACCGGACCAAUGACAAAAACAAUGCAAUCUGACUUAUAUUGCCUACUGAUUCAAUUUACCAUUCUGGGAAAAUAGUCAUAAUUGUAUUAUAAUAGUACGAAUGAUAGAAAAUAUUGAUACAUAUGAAUACAUUGGGGAUGAAAACUUUAAUUUUCUCCAUAGUUCCCUUUUGUUACACCUCACUUAGUAUCCUCUGUGAGUCCCGAUCUGCUACUGUGGACAGUAUGUUUACUCUCUGCCCAGACCAGUCCACAAUAUUAUUAUUAUUAAUGGUGUUUAUAAAGCACUAACAUCUUCCACAGCGCUGUGCAAUAGGGGGAAAGACAGUACAGAAUAGACAAACCCUGCCUAAGAGCUAAGAACUAGCGUAUACAGCUCUUUCUUACAAAGUACUAAGCUAGUUGGCACAGGAGUCUACAAUAUGAAAGUUAUGAUGGGAACUUGCGACUAGAUCGAGCAGAGGACAUUUGAAUAUAAUUGACAGAGAUCCUUAGGGCAUUUGCUCAAAUGUGAUGUAAUUGGGGAGGUAAUUGAGGAAGAUGGCAAACACCUGGAAAGGCAUCGAUUCCCUAUCUGGUGUCAAACAGUGUCAACUUAGUUCCUGAUAAAUUGUGAAUGCUUUCUUACUGAACUGUAUUUUUCUGUAUUGACCCGUGACUUGUAUAUUAUUACUGUUGAUCUGUUAAUUACUCUGGCAAUACUUUCUCUUGUAACUUCAGGUAGUCUUCUUCUACUAUUCUAGCCUGCUUGUUGAUAUUCUUGCCUCUGUGGACUUGUUUUUGUUGAGCUAGACUAUCUCUAAGGACUAGUAUAUGUCUUACCGUACAUAGCUGACAUCCAAUCCUUAUCCUUCUCACCUAUGUUCCUCACAAUGUUAUUUAUCGUAUUUGUAAACGUGUCUUUGAUUCCUAUAACUGAUAUUAGCAAUUAGCAAUUACAAAAUAGAGCACGGGGAAAUAGCCUCAGAUAAGUCAAUUAAACAGAAUAAGCUUUGGAGACUUAACUUAUCUAACCAAACGAUGAGAGGGUUAUACAUCAUGGAUUCCCCAUCAAGAACUACUACUUGAUGAUGGAAGUUGAGAGAACAAUUUGAAGUGAAUCUUUGUAACAUUUAUAACAAAUGUAAAGCCUUAAUACCAAAAAACAGACCCCCACACACACGUGGUCUCUUACCCUUUCUGAAGUUUUGAUAAAAUUAGGGGAUUUGAAGAGGACAUUUGAUGAUAACGCCAGUAUUUUUGUAUUUAGGAGUGGAAGUAUGCAAUUUUGAUGAUAAUUAUAAGAAUGAUGGUAUAAUUCAUAAUAAAAAUGUACAGCAUUCUGCUAUUUUUUUCUGAUUUAUUUUUUUAAUAUUUAUGCAGGAUAAUAGUAUAAAGCACACCAGCAAUUUGAGUUAAAUAACAUAAAUGCAGUUGUUACACAGUAAAAUAUGUUGCAACCAUGAGUAUAUGUAUGCUUGACGUUAAUACCAUGUUUGUUUGUUUGUUUUUUUUUUUUGUUUUUUUUUUUAUCUAAAUCACAUAAACUGACAUGUGGUGCAUUCCUUCCAGGGUCAAUAUCACCAAAGCCGACUUGUCCCCCUAACUCCUUUACCUGUGUCUAUGACAAAGAGUGCAUUCCUCUUUCUGCCGUGUGUAAUGGGACAGAGGACUGUAUUGAUGGUAGUGAUGAAAUCAGUUGCUCCACUGUGGCGCCAAGUACAGUAAAGCCAAAGAGAUGCAAGAAAACCGAAGUCCAGUGUGGAGAUAACAGAUGCAUCCCAUCUCUAAUGUGGUGUGAUGGUGUUUCAGACUGUCAGCUGGGAGAAGAUGAAGAAAGAUGUGGUGAGAAUUUGAGUUAUUCUUAACAUACUAAUGGUGAUAUAUUUGGUACCAGAAUAACAUUGCUGUUGACUUGGCAAGAACAACAUAAAAUGUAUAUUAUACAUUUAGUUAACAUUUCUUACAUAUCUCCCUUAUCCAGAAUACUUCACUACAGGUGAUUAGUUCAAGAAUCAAUGAAUAGAUGAACACAAGCCUUUCUAGAAUUAAACAAAUUCAAUCACAUAAACCCGCUGAAAUCAUAAAUAUCAGAUGGGCAAUUGGUGGUAUUGCAAAUGCAAAGAAAAUGAACAGGUCAGCUUGAUGGGUAAACCCUUGUGUAGCAACAAAAAGUGAGAAGAUUAGUAAGGUAUUAUAUAGGGUAAUUGAAGACUUCUUUGAAAAAAUGUGUCUUUACUGGUUAGAAUGAAUACAAUCAGGAAACAAAACAUGUAAAAUGAGGGUUGGUUACGAGUUACAUAAAUGAAUGAGAAGACAGUAAGGAAUACAAUGGAGUGAAGAGAAGGUGCAAGGGCUUUAUUUUAAACUUAUUUUUAUAGUAAAGUAAGGACUUUGUAUUGAACAGCAGUAGAGAUUCUGUAGAAAGUAGGAGAAAUGAGAAGACUGAAACAUAGUGAGAGGGAUAUUUAAAGGAUUUUUCUAAUUCUAAGAGAAGUAUAUGUUUUAACAGAAGAACAUAAAAGAAGCAAAGAUGUAACCUAGUUUGAGAGCAAUGGUUGAGGAAGGUUGGAUGGUGAGGGGAGUAUAGAGAAGAUGAAUGAAAAUAAAGAGCGAUAUUUAAGUGAUAAAUAUCAUGGUUGCCCCCAAAGAGCAAAGGUAAACCAGGAAAUGCCCCAAAAACUAUUUUUAAUUGCCUAUAUGACAUACAAUAUUUUAUUAUUAAAUUAUUACACGUUUUUCUUUUACAAUUUUUGUACCACAAAAAAAAAUCUCCAAACCGGUCAUACCGGAGGGUUUAUAACAUGGAAUUUCAGUAAUUGAUAACCAAAAUCACAAAACUGAGGCUACAAUAAUCAAGAUCUGACUAACGUGAACGUGGAGAAUCUUUCCAGAUUAGCUAUUUUAGCCUCAGUUUUAAAAAUUUAUAUUUUGAUUCACUGUCUUUCAGAGUUUGUAGAAUAACUCUGUAUGUCAACAUUUUUACAUUUUUGCUAAGCCAUUUCACUGGAAAUGGAAAGGACAGUUUAUGAAAUGUGUAACGCUGUGCCGUCCGAAGGUUAAAUAGGCAUGUAAUCUUUCACCUACAUUUUCUGCCAACACCCUGGCAUAGUUCUGCUUUAAUCCAGUUGCUUUCAGAGUGACCAUUUUUUCAUAAUUAAAAGAAGAAACACAAAUGCUAGUAUUGUGGGCUACAAACAUUUUCUCAUAAGGAUUUAAUUUGCUUUGAAAUAUAAUCACAGAACUGCAAAUGCUGCUUCUACUUUGUAGUUCAAAAAUAUGCUUUACUGAUUAAACCAUUUUUUUAGGUGAUGGCAUGUUUGGGAAAAUGUGUUUUCUAAGAUAAAAUAAGCACUCAAAGAUUGGCAAUGAAAAUAAAAUAAACAAGAAACAGUUAUAUUCCACCUACUUUUUAACCUUCUAAAAUUGUUCUGUUAUAAAUCAUCCCUCUCUAUAAGUUCCAGAAAGUCAGUUUUAACUUAUUAUAAAGCUUAUUAUAUUGUAUUUAAGUUUUUUGUAGUUUAUAGAGUAUUAUCAAGUUAAAGAGUGUUUCAAAUUCUUACACUCAUAUAAUACUUAUUAAAAAAAAUCAUAUAUAUAUAUAUAUAUAUAUAUAUAUGUGUGUACGUAUUACAUUAUAUAAAUGUGAAAACAUUAAAAUGCAGUUUAUUAAAUGAGAGUUUUAUGAUAUUAAUAUCAAACUGUGCUUUCUAGUUGUUCCUAACCUAUUCAACAAAGUUUGAGGUAGGUUGACUAUGCCAGCUUAUUCAAACAGGCUUAUUCACUAAGGUGUGAAUUCAAAGUGGAUUUCAAAUUUAUGGUCAAAAUAGAAAAAUUCUGCAAGUCGGCUAUGCUUCCAGUUCAAAUACUUUGGCCUCAUCUUUAAAAUUCUCACUUUUACAAUUCUCACUUUGUUUAAUAACCCUGAGAGAGCACCGUAAAGGAUAUUCUUGGAAUAAAGUGUAUAAAGAAGAAACAGAUCUUCAUAUUACUUUUACUUAGCUGUUGGUGUGAUUGAUGGCACUAUGGGAUCACAUAUUGAUCAUUAAUUGCCUAGACAGGCUUGAGUGGUCCUAUAGGAAGCUGACAAAACUAAAGAUAAAUCCAGAGGAUCAAUAUAAUUCGUGCUGCAAUAAAUAGUCAAUACAGUUGAUGUCCAGAAAAUACGCUUUGCUUAUUUCAAAUGGUAUUUGUUUAUACUUAAAAGGAUAUUAGUAUAUGGGCAAUUUGCUCCAAUUUUAUUGAUUUCUUCCCACAGUUACAUUUAAAAUAAUUUAUAUAGUGCCAAAAUAUUCUGCAGUACUGUACAAUAGGUACAGCAAGACAAAAAAAUAGCUUGCUUAAACGAGCUUAUAAUUUACAUUCUAUGGUCCUCAGAGUAACAGGGCUAUUCAAUAAAUAACUUUUUUACAGUUUAGCUAUUUAGACCUUACAUUUGAAAUUCACUUUAAAUUCACUUUUAAUUUUCAUUUCAGUGAAUUCCCCUGUUAGAGAGUGUGCUUAAAAAUGUGCUUAAAAUUUUCCAAUCUCAAUGUUUUAAACUUGAAGUAUAGAUUCUUGUUACAUUUAUUUAAAUCAUAUAUUCUUUAAUUAUUUCUUGAAACUGUACUUAAUAUAUUAUAAAAUAUAUAGAUUUCAGUUGAUUAGACUUUUAGAAAUAUGGAGCCUAUGUUUUUUUCUUUAGGUACCCAGACUUGCCUUGAUGGUUCUCUGUUGUGUGUUUCCACCAAUACCUGCAUUCCUUUAUACCAGCGAUGUGAUGGUAAAACAGACUGCUAUGACUUCCGAAAAGACGAAUCUAGUUGUUCAGGUAUGGAAAAUAAAUAUUCAUUGUAUACAGAUUUAAUAAACAGUGUACAGCUUGAGAAAAAAAGAAAAAAAAAUAUUGAAAAAGCAGAAAUCUCAAGAUUCUAAGCUCCUACAUUUUAUUUCUGUUUAUAUUCUAAUAAACAAUCAGGAUAUUGUGUACAUGCUAUGUAAAAAAAUAAAAUUCAAUUCACAUUUUUUCAAAUUGACAAAGUUACAAAUAUCCUGAAAAUACUUCAGAUUCAAUUUAACCCCUUAAGGACCAAACUUCUGGAAUAAAAGGGAAUCAUGACAUGUCACACAUGUCAUGUGUCCUUAAGGGGUUAAAAUACAGAACAUUUUGAGCAUUACGGUUUUACAAUAUUAUUGAACUGAAAUAGCAAUAUUAGCAUGGCAAGAAUAAGUGCAUGAAAUGGUAAGUGAGAUUGGGAACUACCUUGAUGUUAUAUAACAUUUAUUUAUUAUAGAAUUGGUAUUGCAAAGUUUGUCCGUGAAAACCUAUUAUAAAGGUCUACAUACACCUAUGUUAAGAUACAUUGUUACAUUCCAGGUUUGUCUUAUGGUUUGUCUUAUUGUUGAUCAAGAUUCAGAUUUCUUUUAAAAUUUAAGGAAUUUACAUUUAGGAGGAACAUUUAAGAAACGACAAUGGGAAAUAGCAAACCAAAAUGCUAUACAACUACAUGCAGCUGAACUUCCAUUCUUCUUUGCAAGAAACUAUUCAUCCUUGGCAUCAUUUAGCAAUGUAAGAUGGAAAUUGGGGAGAUGGUCUUUCCAAGCACACUCCUCAGGAAAGAGAAAAACCUCUACGAAAAAAACAGAUAUAGCAACACAGCCACCAUGCAUGGAAGUAUACAUCUUAUUAGUAUUCCUGGCACUGCAGGUCCUUACAGUGUCCCUCUCCCUCCCACCCCCCAUCCCAUGUUGCUGAAGAGGUUAAAACCUCCAGUGACUUACCUGAGUCCAGCGCUGAUGUCCCUCGGCGCUGGGUCAGGCUUUGCCUACUCUCUUCCCCUGCCAACGUCAGCCGGCAGGGGAGACCUAAUGCGCAUGCGCAGCAUUAUUCAAUGGGGAUUUCGGCGACACUGGAGGUCCUUACAUAGCGUAAAGACGUCCAGCGUUGUUUAAAACACUUUUCGUGUUCUAAGAACAUGGAGGUCAUUCUAGUGGCUGUCUGAUGGACAGCCACUAGAGGAGGACUUAACCCUGCAAGGCAAAUAUUGCAGUUUAUAAAAAGUUGGCACCCAAACCACUCCAAUGGGCAGAAGUGGUCUGGGUGCCUGGAGUGUCCCUUUAACUAAAUGUAGACUGAAUUUGGAGACACAGUAUGUUUAUGGAGUUUGUUCUAGAAGUUUUCUAGAUUUGCAUUUGUUGCUCUUACUGGCAGUUGUAAUAUCAGGGUGCUACAAUGUGUACAUGAAUAUUUUACCAUGUAUUCUUGUAUAUAAAAAUGAAUAUCUAUUUGUUUUGCUGGGAAAACGUUAUUAUAUUAUUAUUGGUAACUUAUUUAUUUAUUUUUUAUAUUACUUUACAGUUUGUCCACCGGGGUACUGCAAAAAUGGAGGAAAAUGUUAUAAAGCAAAAGGCGUCCCUUUAUGCAAGUAAGGUUUACAUAUCUAAAACACAGUUAAGGGUAAAACUUGAAAAUGAAUGUAAAGCAUUAAAGAAAAUAAAUGUUCUGCUAAUGUUUGUCUUUAUAGGGUUACUCCUAAAGCACUUUCACUUGCAGGUUUAUGUUACAUAAGACAAAAGUCAUGCAAAUUCCCAGCAGUUCAGUAAAAUUGAAAGAAGUACAUGUGUGUGUUUAAUUAUGUGUAUUUGUAAGUGUGUGUGUGUGCGUGCGUGUGGGGGAGGAAGAGGGGUCUAAAACAUGGUCCAACUGAUUUUAAAGGAACACUAUAGUCACCUAAAUCACUUUAGCUAAAUAAAGCAGUUUUAGUGUAUAGAUCAUCCCACUGCAAUUUCACUGCUCAAUUCACUGUCAUUUAGGAGUUAAAUCACUUUGUUUCUGUUCAUGCAGCCCUAGCCACACCUCCCCUGGCUAUGAUUGACAGAGACUGCAUGAAAAAAAAACUGGUUUCACUUUCAAACAGAUGUAAUUUACCUUAAAUAAUUGUAUCUCAAUCUCUAAAUUGAACUUUAAUCACAUACAGGAGGCUCUUGCAGGGUCUAGCAAGCUAUUAACAUAGCAGGGGAUAAGAAAAUCUUAAUUAAACAGAACUUGCAAUAAAGAAAGCCUAAAUAGGGCUCUCUUUACAGGAAGUGUUUAUGGAAGGCUGUGCAAGUCACAUGCAGGGAGGUGUGACUAGGGUUCAUAAACAAAGGGAUUUAACUCCUAAAUGGCAGAGGAUUGAGCAGUGAGGUUGCAGAGGCAUGUUCUAUACAUCAAAACUGCUUCAUUCAGCUAAAGUUGUUCAGGUGACUAUAGUGUCCCUUUAAAGGCAACACUAUGAGCCUAUACUAUUUGGCCUCUCCUGGUACAAAAGUACAUUCAAGACCAGUUUCAUCUCUUACUUUCAUACAAUUCUGAUUAACCUAGGAAAACCUAAAAAAGGAAAAAAAAAUUUCUUCACCCACAAUUAUAUAUAGAUAUAAAAGCAUAUGACAUGUUAAACACAUAUGAAACGUGACAUUAAACUUUAACAAAAAGCAUGGUUAUAAUAACAUUAAAUAACAUUGUUAAAUACUAUUAGAUCUUGGAUAUUGAAAAGAGAAUCUGUCUUUUUUAACCAUAAUCGGUGCUUUUUGAAUAGCGUGAUAAUGAACCAGUUUAAAGCAAUCUUAUCUACCUUUUUUAACCAACUUUUAUAUACAAGUCAGUUAAAAAAAGAGAUCACCAUUGUGAAUAGAGCCUUGUGUUUAUACCGUGUUUCCCCGAAAAAAAUAGUUCUGAACAAAGACCCAUCGAAGGGCAGGCUAUUUUAGCUGCUGUCUGUUCUCGGAAUACUCUUGCGACCCGUUUUUUGCUCUCCAUUAGUUUAAAGGGUAAUCUAGAUGUGGACCCCUUGCUCACGGUGCCUAGAGAGAUAUCAGCACUGAUGAUGCCUAACAAGGCUGAAACGAUUGUCUGGGGUUGCUGUGUCUCUCGUGCAGAGAGAACUUGCUGGCAUUUCAGAUCUGGACUGCCCGUAUGGGUGGGACCAGUCUGAUAUGCUUCAGAUAUGUUCUCUCUGUAAUGGCACAAGAUGAGCUAAAACCAGCUUGAGUUCUUAGCGGGGACCCACCGAAGGGCAUGCUAUUUUAGCUGCCGUCGGUUUUCAGAAUACUCUUGCAACCUGUUUUUUGCUUAUAUUUAUUUUUCAUCAAGAAGACACACUAUGGCUUAUUUUCAGGGGAUGUCUUAUUUUUUAUUAAGUAUGGUACAACAAUUUAUUCAAAUAUAGUUAAAAGCAGAGAUAGGCCAGCAAAGCUUUUCCCCUAUCAACUGGUGUUUGUGUGGGGUGAGAGAAACCCACAGACUGUUGCUGGUCAGUGCUGGGGAGCAGCAGCUUUACUGGUGUUUGUGGGUAGUGAGAGAGACCCACAGACUGUUGCUGGUUGGUGCUAGGGGAGAGAGACCCACAGUGCUGAGUAAAGUGGCAGCCACAGCUUUACUUCUUCCCCCUGAGGGGACACACUACCUAAAGCAGAGCGUCCUGCUCCUCACUUCACUGAGGAGACUUUUACUUUCACUUUCUAUAUCUCCCUCUAUGCCUCAGCUUGCAGCACUCACAGAACCACCGGGACCUGACAGGGGGAGCUGA